AGCUCAGCAGCAGCCAGUGGUAUGCUCCACUUCUCUUUGCUCCUCUCUCUCUCUCUCUCUCUCCUUCUCUCUCUCUCUCUCUCUCUCCACUGUCAGCCUCAGCAGCCUCCACACACAACCGGAGCGAGAUACACUGGUGCAGCGCCGAUCUAUCCAUCCAUCCAUACAUGCAUGUGUGUGUUCCCCGUGUGCCGGGUUUUUUUUUCUUCAGUAACGCUCAGCAAUCAAGUGUCCAGGUUGAACUGCAUGAGAAUGUGCCUGUGAGCAUCUCUGCAGCCUCAUUUGUAUGGAGGAGCAUGUGUGCACAGUGAGAGACAGCGUGAGGAUGUGUGGUGGGCAGGUGUUGUUGUGAUCGGCGGAGUUUUCGGUGUGCUAUCGUCGUGCUGCUGCCUCCUCACCUCCCUCCCAUUUGGUUAUCUUGUGAGGGGUAAAUAAGCAUCCUGCUGGGAUGUCCACCUCGCCUGGUGCCACGGACGGGAGCCAGAGGAACUCUUGUGAGUGACUUUUUAUGUCUUCUUUUGGGAGUGGUGAUUCGUGUGUGAAUCUGCGUUUGGCAUUGAUUAUUAUUUUUUGCAAACCAGCUUUCUACUGUAUAUCCUAUCGUUGUUCCAGACAGUCUUUGUUUUGAAAGGCUGGAGAUGUCACAAAAAUGCAUUUCUCAUCGUGAAUUAAUGCAGAAAUGUAAAGUGUGUUGUGUGUGUGUGUGUGUGUGUGCAGCAAAAAGAAGGUAGUGGGAGGGAGUGUGAAGAGUGGAUCGUGUUAUACUGUAACAGAUGAUGAUAGUAAAACUAAAGAGGAUUAUGCAUGCUAGUUUGUGCGUACUUGUUAACUUGAUGGAGAGAUAGUUUAAGGAGGUGUGUGUGUGUGAUGUGGGAGUGUGUGAGAACAUGUGUGAGUGUGUUUACAUAUUCCCUGGAGCGCCUCCAGCUGUCCAAGUAUUGGAAAGGUGCUGUGCAUCGAUUGACAACAGAGCCAGCUGCAUCUUUUCAGGAAGAGGAAAAGAGCAGAUGACUGCUGAUGUCAUUCACUACUACACUGAUGAAUAUUUUAUUUUCAUCCUUGAAAUCUGUUGCAGAGAAUUAAUUCCUUCGUUUAACUGUCUCCUUUUUCUCUGUCUGUAAUUCACUACAGACAUAGAAAUUCUUGGACUCACUUUCAGGAUGAUAUUUACUGCCUGACCUUGCAUAUAACUCACCAGGAAACCAUAUUCAUAGAGACAUAGAAAUACUCUAUCUAUAUCUUUUAACUCUAUACUGGCUGCCUCUUGUAAAUGUGGUCUUUCAGCUGUAGGUGGACGCAGAGAUGAUGUGUGUAACGCUGCACUGUUAUAGAGUAUAAGUUACCUUGUGGGUGAAAGUGUGUGGGAUCGCCGCGCAGUUUUAACGUCCAAGCAACACACAUUUGCACGUAUCCAAACAAAGUCCCAGAACUGAAGGACUGCUGUACUGUAAGUGGGUGAUUGAUUAAACAAUGUGACUCAUUUUGACUCAUCUCCCUCUCACACAAACACACAAACACACACACAAUGUGACACACAGACGUACACAUUGACUCCAGCAGAGAUCACAUCUGGGAAACUGGGUCUCCUUUUAUUGCUUUCAUUAUUAUUACCCCACCCCCUCCUCUUUCCUUCCCUCCUCACUUUCACUCCCCGUCUUGUUAUUUUCAGGAUGUUAUUUACUACCUGACCUUGCAUAUAACUCGCCCCGUAACCAUUUUUGUGCAUCUGUUUUGAUGUUUUAAUGAUUGCACGCUGACACACCCACCCACACUAGACACCUAUUAUGUCUUUAUGACUGUUAGCCCUUUCUUUUUAAUAAUGGCAUCAUUGUAUAUUUGAUUAUUUGGCUGACUCAUAUGUUGUUUUAUUGUUGUGUAACUUUCAUUACACUCGCUCAUGUUCGGCUCUCCACUGCUUCGCUUCCUACUUGACUUGUUUGCUCCUUGUCGAGGCGCAUCCAUCACAUUACCUUCUUAUGGAGCAGUGCUUUCAAAAACUGAAAUACCAAGUGGCCGCGGGCUACGAUUACUGAUUUACUAACUGUAACGUUACGUAACCAAGAGCAGCAUCUGGAGGAAUAAGUCUGUUGUCUCGACGAAAAAACAGCUUUAACAACAGAAAAGCGGAGAUCUGAGGAGUUGAGGAUUAGUAACAUCGCAAUAAAUUUCCAUUUCGCUUAUUGUAAAAUGUCUUGAUUUAAAUUUAGAACUAAUACGCCUUAAAGUACAAGAUUAGCUUAAGUAAUGUAUCAUAAAAACUAAUUGAAACAUCAAGUAAAACCUUUAGAUAAGACUCGUUGCAUAAUGCUGCGCCCAUUGAUGAAAAAAGAGCCAAAACUAUUUAUAGGCUUGUGUUUAAAUCCCUUUAUUUCCAAGGCGGUAAUAUUUUUAGAUAAGACAUUCAGUGGAGUUUUUUAAUCUGUGCUCCAGCAGCCUGACUCAGUGCUGUAUUAUCAGAGUGUAAUGCUGCUGCAGAGCUCUUUCUCCCUGUUAGUGUGUGUCCUCUGUAAAGGAGCAACAGCAGGCACCUGCCACAGAGAUGGAUGUGCUGUGUCAUCACUUCUACUGCCAAAUGAUGGCUUGCCUCACCUCUCCUCUCUUCUCUCCUACUCCCCUCUUUCUUCCCUCUUUCUCUGUCCUCACCUUUCUUUUUUUUUUUUGGCCCCUGGUCGCUCCACACAUCUGCUUUCUUCUCCACUGGUGUCUCAUCUGUUUCUUAAUCUCCUCUCCAUGGUUCCCCUCAGCCCUCCUCCUCCUCCUCCUCCUCCUUGUCCUUCUCCUCUCUCCCCUCUUCUCCGGUCUGGUUUAUCUGGGUUCACAUGAAACUUUAAUUGCAUGUAAAUCAAAGCGCUGCAGAUGUGAUUAGUCUUUUGUGCUGCUUUAAUGAGUGGGGUCUGGACUAUUGAAAUAUGUUACAGUAGCUGGCUCCUGCGCUGUCCCUGAUGGCUUAAGGCACAGGCACACUCCUCCACUUCUACUGCUGUCUGAAGAAACACAUUUUUUCAAGAGCAUUAAAGUUUUCAGGGAUAAAACGAGAAAUAAUACUGCUGAAGGGAUUGUAGAAAAUUUAAAUUUGCCCAGUUUUGAAGGUUUAUUGGUGUUGGCAGUUUUCUUGUUUUUAAAAAAGAAGCACUUUUCAGAGAGCAGUUUUAGAAACACUUCAUAUGGACACUCCUCUUAUAAUGCAUCAUAAAAACUUCACACUUCUAUGAAGCCCAUUUCUAUACUGUAUUAUAACAAAUCAUGAAUAUACGUAUAAUGCGCUCAUAGGGCUGUAUAAUUAUAGAUAAAAGCGCUCAUGGAUAUGUCUAGUGCUUAAUACAAUUGUCAGAAAGGUAUAAGCAAUUAUAGAUAUUUAUUGAGUUGUUAACAGUUAUAACAGAUUAUAAUACCUGACCUUGUAAGUCAUGAUACAAUGCUUUAUAAUGUGUUAUGAUUAUUGCUAUAAAGCGUUACGAUCAUUUAUGAGUGUUUAUAACUAUAGUUAUACAGUGCUGUAAUGUGAUUUUAACACAUAAUACAUAUAUUUAUAAUGCAUUAUAGAGAGGCAUCAAGUAAAGUGUUACCAAUAAUUACUAUUAAUUUAUUACAUAAUGACUUAUAAGGCUGGGUGUCAAUACAACACAUUAUAAACACUGUUCUGAUGCAUUAUAAGUUGUCAUUGAAGGCUUUGAGUAAAGUAGAGAAAUCUCUGUGUAUUACCAAAAGUUAGUUAUUAUAAGCUAGUUAUAAAUGUAUACAUGCAUCCAUAAGGCUGAAUAACAUUCCUUAUGAGUGAUAAUAAACAUCAAAAACAGCUUACAGCAAUGUUUAUGAUGUGUUAAAAGCUGCCCAUAGCACUUAUUAAACAUUGCUAUUAUCUGUUAUAAAUGUGCUUGUGACGCAUUAUAAGAGGUUGGUUCAUGUAAAGUGUGAUCGCUGUUUUCAACAGGUUUUAGAAAUCCUCAUUACACCAGUAUGAGUAUGUACGAUAACACUGUAAUUGAUGCCUAUCUCUAUUAGCAUUAUAAGUAUAUGUAUAAUGCAUCAUAAUCACGUUAAAGCAUUGCAUAGCUGUAGUUAUAAACACUUAUAAACACUUAAAAAUGAUCAUAAUGCUUUAUAGCAAUAAUCAUAACACAUUAUAAAGCAGUUUAUCAUGAUAUACAAGGUCAGGUAUUAUAAUGUGUUAUAACUGUUAUGCUAUAUGCUAGCAUUAUGAUCAUUUAUGAGUGUUAAUCACUAGUUAUACAGUGCUAUAACAUGAUUGUAACACAUUAUACAUAUAUUUAUAAUGCAUUAUAGAGGGAGGCGUCAAGUAAAGUGUUACCAUAUGUACUGUAAAUCCACACCUUAUGUGUCCAUAAAAAAUGUAGUCAUUGUUCCACUGUCUGUCUUCCAAUCCUUAUCCUUGUGGAAGUUAUUUUAUUGCAUAAAUUGACCUCAUUAUAUGCUUUUAAUGGCUGUAGUAUUUUAUACUUAGAGCUUUCUCAUUUCUGUUGUCAUUUCUGGAAGCCUGACCAGGGACAGGGGUUGCAAAGUUUUUUUUUCUUCGACAGUAGAAAAGUCAACAAAAUUCUGUGAGGAUGACAUUUCAAAAAUGCUAUUUACUUUCCAUCUCCUCAUAUUGAUGAGAUAUUAUCAAGUAACUGAGUAAUCAAACCGAAGUAGCAGUUAUUGAUACUUGACAUUUAGCAGGCGGCAGCACAGACGGUACUUCAGUUUUUAGGAGUACAAAUAAAUAUUUACUCAUGAUGAAUAGUUUAAACGCUUAUUGUUAGUGACACUGUUCCUGCCAUACGGAAAUGUUUCAACCCUGUUCUGACUUUCUGUCUCACUGGAAAACUGCAUAUAUUUCUGCACACAUGCAUCCCUGUAGGUCUCAAAUGAGGGGAUACAGUUGCCUCUAUAAUUAGCAUAUUCAGCAGCAGCAGCCGACUUGUGCAUCUAAUUUGAAAGAGGUCACAUUUUCUGUAACGCUAAUAACUGAGGUUAAAACUGCAACUGGUGGUGUUAAUUGUCUUUUAAAGAUGGAUUUGUGUAAGAAAAGAGACAAUCUAGGCAGCUGAAAGACACAGACAAGGACAGAGCACUUCUCGACCUUGAGUCAAAAUGAAAACCUAUUUUGUUUUUCCAUGCAUGAGGACUGUACACCCGCAUUGUCCACCUAGCUUCACAGGUAUCCUUGGCAAACCCCAAGCUUGGUGUCUCUUCUCUCAAUACUCACAUUGUUUACUCAACUGUACUUCUCCUAGGGUUCCCUACACUGAGAUCAUUCUUUGUUCAAUUAGAUAAGGAGGAGGAGCAGUCUCACGGCAAAGAUGUUUGGGAUUCAGCGAGUACUAAAGACUGCCACAGAGGGAGAAUGAGAAAGAGGAGACAAAGGGAGAGGAUUGAGGAAAAAGGGGAAGCUGUGGAAAGUGGUGGCUGGAAGACAGGAGAGAGAGGAGUAAAGGAGGACACUGAAAAUGAGGAGAUGAGAUGAACAAUGAGCAGGGAAAGAGGAUGAGAGAGCCAAGAAAAGACUGCAGAGGAAGAGGAGGGCAGCACAGGAGGGGUACGGUGAAGAUAACAGGUGGAAGAUGAAGGAAACAGACAAUGAUAGAGAGUGGAGACUAAUAAAAAAAGAAUAUUGUUAAAGAGGUAGAAUUAAAAAGACUGAGACAAACCAAAAAGCACAUUACAGAUAAUGAAAAGGAAUAAUGGAAAAGCGUAGGAGAGAAAGACCGGCCUCUACACUAUCUGGGAGCCUGCUAAUUGGUGGUGGUUUGGGUGGAGGUGGUUAGGAGGUUGCAGAGGGAUCACAGACUGCAGCAAGAAAGAAUUUCUAGCCUCUGCUUUCUUGGAGACGGGGAGUUUCACUCAACUUUAAAAUUUAAUGACUGUAGAAACUGAAAACACUUGGCCUUGUCUCCUACAACCAGUACUUUAAUUUUUAAUAUUUGUUGAUGUUUUUUGAGGUUUCCAUCCUACGGGUCAAAUUAAUGUCAAGGAAUAAUCACGAUUUAUUUGAUAUAAUUUGGAGUAUGACAGUUAUUCAACUUGUGCAAUGGGGAGAGUUCACUCCAUAAUAGGGCUGGGCGAUAUGGGAAAAAGUUUAUCACAAUAUAUUUUUUUCAUAUCAGUCAAUAUCGAUAAAUAUCACAAUAUAAAAAUGAUAUUUAACAGUGCUUAUUGUUAGCAUGUCUUUUGCAGUACAAUAAGCUACUUCAUCUGUGAGGUCUUUGUGUCUCUUUGACGUUUCGUCGUAAGGCGUUGGGCUAGAGAAAGCAGACUGAAUGGUCGGCUGUUUCGGAUGCACAGGUGCCGUGGGCUCCUUGCUCCACUCAGGGUUUGUAACCUUUUGUAUGACACGUGCUCUGCUGCAUGGUACUGCUUCAGGUGGUGAAAAAGAUUUGAGGUAUUCCCCGACAUUGCGAGAACAUGUACUUGACAUAAUUUGCAGUGCACAUUACUCUGCUUCAUGUCCGAAAAUACCCCCAACCACUGAGGUUUUCAUGCCAGUGUUGUUGACGAUCUGUUGAGCCUUCAUCUGCAUUUCUGCCGGAGGUAGCACUCAUUUUCUUUUUUUCUUACCAUCAGUGCUGUCGGCUUCACGUGUUAAAGUGCUAAAGUUGUGUGUAGCCACAGCCUGCUACUACGCAAAUGUUUGCUACUUGGGUCUAAUUCAGCACAUGAGUGGUUCAGCACAAAGCAGACCCGGAGCAACUCCCUUUUUCAUUGGCUAUUCGUAUAGUCCACAAAAACAUGGCAGAAUGCCAGCAUAUUGACCAUGUUUCAUAUCAAUAUUGAGUGAGAUUAAUUUUUAAAAUAUAUCAUUAUUGUUUUAUCGCCCAGCCGUAAUUGUGAGGCGUUCAAGGUCUGGUUGGUAAAACGAUGCACAAUCUGUUUUAAAAAGAUGAGAAACAGAUUAGAGUUUAAAAUCACUGCACUAAAGUCAGCUAUCACAUUCCACCUUUUAAAUGUUGGAAGAGAAUAUGGUUUCACUAUUUCACACAAAAGUGUAUUUCACAUCUACACAUGAGCACAUUAGUAUUGACACAAACCAUGUUAAGUAUUCACAGCUGAAUGUUUAUGCUCGAGAAGAAGACCUGAGUCUAGUCUCCACAAAUUAAAAGUUUAUUAUUAGACAUCUCUAUUACAGUCUCUAUUAGAAAUGCACAGUUUCAGUCAAAUAAACCCACACACAGUAAAUAUAGACUGUAGUCUUUGAUAUCAGAACAUGUAAGAGUCCUUUGAAGAUGCAGUCUGCGACUACGCAGUUGUCUGCUACUUUGCUCUAAUUCAGCACAUGAUUAGUUCAGCAACUCACCUUUUCAUUGGCUAUUUAUAUAGUCUACCAAAGCAUGGCAGAAUGCCGACUAUGCCGACAAGGCAGAGAAAGCAGCAGCAAAUAAAUUUGAUUAAGAUAAAUAAAUUAAAAUCCCCCCACAGAACAGAGCAAGCAUCAGUGACAAUACAUAUGGCACUGGUAAGAUCAGACACAACAUAAACAUGAGGAGCUGGGGUGGAGGUGGGUUGCAGAGUGGUUGCAGCAGGCAGAGUAAGCAGGAGAAGCAGUUUUAAUAGGGCGCCAUUUUGACAUUAGCCAAUAGGAUGUGUAGAGGGCGACCACCUGAGCUGUUGGCUGACUGAGGGCUGGCUUAAGAUCAGCUGACUGUAGCCUUUAGCUUGACUUAGCUUGACGCCCAGCCCUACUCCAUAACAUUAAUUCUUUUAUUAUUCAUUUAAUAAUACAAUACAUAAGUACUUGUAAUUUGGGUAUAGUCCUUUCAGCUAACCUACUGAGCUAAAUUUAGCUUAAAUCGCUAAAGAAAGUGAAACCAGUCAGGCACUGUUGUCUUUGCAGCCAAUCAAAUUGAUGAAUAGCUAAUGAGGGGUCUGCUUUCACUCUUUUCUAAAACUAAGGAUCCAUUGUUUGAGAGAAUAAUAAGUGGGAAGUUGCUGUCAUUUAAACGGCUCAGUCUAUUUGCUGUGUGAGAAUUUAAAACUUGACAGACAUGGCAACUGAGGUGGGCGGGGCUUAGCAAAACGUCUCUUUCCUGAUUACCGCAAUCAGAAAAAGGUCAUAGCCGGUGUUUGUAUUUCUUGGCACAUCGGAGUGCCUACUCGCUCAUUACAAAUGUAGAUGCAUGUGAACCCCUCGGUGAGAUGUGUGUUAAGUCACAGACCGACAAAGCUCACAUUUACAUUCAGCCAUCCAUCAGUUUGUUCUUGUUUUACUGUCACACUUUCCAAUGAGCUCCCACUCUACAUCACGCUGAGAAACUAGCUCUGAGCUGUGUGGAUAACAAAAGAAUAAAUACUUGGACACGCCAACAAGGGGCAUAAUGAUCGUAAUUAAAGGGACAAUGGUGACUGGUGUAUAAUUAUGCACAGAGAAUUAUGGCAGUUAUUUUGUUUUAAGGAUGUUAAGGAAGAGUGAGAGGGCUGUAUUUGAAUUCAAGUCUGUCAGAUGAUUACAAACACCCCCACAAAUGUGCCUUUGGGUGAUGUGAAACUGGGAGACCAAGAUGACAGACUGUACUAAAUCAUAAUGCACACAAAGAGUCUGAGGAACGCACGGACCGGUCUCGCAUUCUCAUACUGACGUCUAUCUAUCCAAGUGUAAAAUGUAUUUUCUAGUCAAAAAAGAAGCCUAUAUAAUCAGUGUUUCUCUCUCAAAUCCUGGUCACAGAUGGUUUAGAAAUUGCAUUUUCCGUCCCCGUGUGAUGUACCACAGCAGGUGGGUUAUCGCUGUUUUUUUUUUUCUCCUCUCCUCCCACUCCUUGGGGAAAUGGAGAGAAGAGAGGAUGGAGAGGAGAAGUAAGAGUGUGGUCAGACAGCCAGAGAGUUGCUCUAAUUAGGUCCAUGGUUGAAGAGACAGUAUUUACCAUCUCAGACAGAGGGGGGAGUCUGUCACAUUGUUUGUACCGUCAGUCCCUGGGAGUUUGGUGCUAUUGCAACCUCUUACAUCUUGUAUUUGGGUUUCUGUUGCUACAAUUCGAGUAUUUGUGUUUUUCUUUCUGCUGUAUGUGCUGUAAAGUCAGAUUUUCUGUAUUUUCUAUCAGUGAAUCUGUCUUUGUGCACAUGCUAUCCUUCUGUACAAGGCCUCCCUUUACCCGUACUCUUCCUCCACACCCACUGCCUGCUGCUUUAUGCAAGGGUAAAUAACUCAGGUCAGGCAGACACUGAUAAACCCCUCAAGGACUUCUCAUUUGUACCAGGGUCAUGGAACCCAUAUUUUCCCCCUUCCUCCUCCCUGACCCUCGUGUCUCUAUCACUUUGUGGCAUACUCUGCUGAAAAGAAAGCGUACGACCAUGUGCACCUCCUUCUUCCUGCAGGAAAACAUCACUCAAUGUGCAUCUAUUCCUUUAUCGGGUAUUUUGAGGUUUGUUAGCAUUGAGUGAAGGAAUAAAAGGAAAUUGUAGGACAGGUGCUGUGGGGGAGGGGAGGCUUCCCUGCUGUGAGCCAGGUGACUCUUUGUGUGUGUGUGUGUGUGUGUGUGUGUGUGUGUGUGUGUGUGUGUGUGUGUGUGUGUGUGUGUGUGGCUCAAACAAGAAAUCUGAUGAAAGAAAACAACAGAUGGAUUGACAAUGCAGAAUCAUCACUGGGCCGCUGAUCAAGUUUUAAAACAAGAACAACAAACUAGACAAAGGUAAAACAAACACUUAGCAGUACAGUGACUGAGUUUAGUUUGUUGACCAAUCAGGGGUUUUGUUUGAGGCUCUGUAAUUCAUGUGAUUCAGUGCUGAUCAUAAAGUAUUUGUACAUGAAAUUUCACCACAUGAAAAGACAUCUCAAUACCUGUGAGAUGUUGCUGUUAGCUACUUGAAGUUUUGCGAGGUCCUGGUUUGGCUGAGUAACUUAAGUUGCAAACCUCUUGUGAGGAUGCUCAGGUUUGAUUAAAAUCUGUGGCCUCUUUCCUGCAUGAAAUUUCCCACUCUUGCUCCCUGUUUUUGGCUCAUCCUCAGUCUAAUCUUUCAUGGUUAAAAAACCAAAAGUAUUCUAGAAAGACUAUUAGACAUUUUGCCAAGCUUGCAGAUUUGCAGGCAAUUGCUGUUAAGCAGUUGUUGUUGUUGUUGUUACUGUUGUUGUAAUUUGGCUGGCUGUACACGUUUGUUAAUGCACUAAAGCUUAAGACUUGGCUGGAGUUCCACAUGGAUGUUCUAUUAGUUUCUUUUUAAAGCUACUGUGAGGAGAUUUUUAAAAAUAAUACUGUUGACAAAACCAUCAGGGCAAAGACUGACAGCUUGUAUACUUUGAUUUUCAACACUCGAAACUGAUGUGAGGCAUACUAAAAGACAAGGAAAGCAAAGACUGCUUUGUCCACAGGGGGCGCCAAAGUUGACCCAAACAUAACAUUUCUUACGGGAGCUUUAAAAUCCUGAAUUCUCAGUUACUCUUAGUCAUUUUUUGUUAGAUUAGAUUAGAGUAGAUAAAUUCAGAUUAGAUAAAUUCAGAUUAGAUUAGGUUAUAUUAGAUUAGAUUAGAUUAUUAGAUUAGUUAACAUCAGAUUAGAUUAGAUUAAAUUAGAUUAGAUAAAUUCAGAUUAGAUUAGAUUAUAUUAGUCCAGAUUAGAUUAGAUUAGUGCAGAUUAGAUUACACUACAUUACAUUAGAUCAGACUAGAUUAAAUUAAAUUAGAUCAGAAUAGAUUAAGUUAGUUUAAAUCAUAUUGAAUUAUUUCAGAUUAGAUUAGAUGAGAUCAAAUCAGAUUAGAUUAUAUUCUAUUAGAUUAGAUUAGAUUAGAUCAAAUUUUAUUGAUUUUGGGAAGGUUUUCUCAAGAAAGUUAAAAACACUGAGUUUUGCACAGUAAUGGCUGACACAGGCGAGCUGAUUGUCUCAAAUUUCUGAUCAAAAUUCAAUUUGAAAAGCCAAGAUCUGCUUUGAUUCAGUUGAGAUGGGGAUCCGGACAUCUCUACUUAACACAUUAACACAAUCCAUCCCACUGAGCAGAGACGGCAAUAAGACUUCUUGGUUUUUAGACCUAAUUUCAAUCGUCUGGAUUAGGUAUAUUUUUAGUCGGAGUUUAGAUGUUGCUCUUUAACCCAUUAUUCAAUAACCAUUUAUUCCAAAAAGCAACUGUGAGUUGAAUAACUGAUCUCCAAGUACUUAACCAAAACAAAUAUGAUUGCCAUUGAGCAAUAUACAGUGAAGUAUAGAUACAGCCCAGAUUUAGAUUUAGUCUAAACUUGGUCUAAAUUUAGACGUCUAAAAAACUUUCAUUUUUAGACCUGUGGGAGCCUGAUUUUGGACCAGUCGUCUAGGCUACAUUUAGACGUCUAUUGGACCUCUUUUAGACCUAAAAAUGCUCAGUGGGAUAUCAGUGGUAUGUUGUAUACUAUCAUUCUUUCUUCAAUCCAGGCUCCAAGGUUGUAACUGUGUCAAUUUACCGUAGUAAACUGAAAACCCGUCUUGAAAAUAGGUUCAGAGGUGUGCGUGUUCAGAAAAAGCCAGAAGGGUAAUAUCCAGACAGGAAAUAUUAAACCGCGUGAUCAUGAUGCUGUAGAGGUACUAUAACAAUGCCCCAGGGCACACAGUGUUAAGUAUGCACUAUGGGGCAUGUGAGAAAUACAGAGAAUAGUGAAAUAAUAGAGGGAAGAUGAGAUAAUAUCAAAGGAGGGAGCACAGUACGGAGUAACAAAUACCUAGAAGGGGCUCUGUAUGUGUGUGUAUAUGUAUAUGUAUGUGUGUGUGAGUGUGCGUGCUCUUGUAUUUGAUGCUUCUUCAUCUCUGUGCAAAUGCUCGAUGUAACAUUCCCUCCCCCGGCCAAGAUUAGGCUUUUUUACAAUUCACGCUGGGACUGACAUUAGGGCACACUUUGAAUGCAGAUAAGGGGGAGAAAGAGGGAGUAGAAGCAACAAAAGAGGAAUGAAGAGACGUUGUGAGGAAUAGGCAGAGACAGACAGGAAAAAGAGGAGCAAGGCAACACAAAGAGGUAGCUGAUGGCUUUUGAUUUCUCUGACAGGGUCGAACAUAAACACUGUUCAAAUAUUUAAGAGAAGACUCUGACGCUGAGAUGAGGAGAUCAAGCUCUCUGCAACAACAGUGGAAGUCUUCACAGCAUGGAUCCUUCAUAAAGUCUUAUAAUUGCAAUGACAUCUUAGAUUUAUGAGACUCUGGCCUCCAAAGAGGAAGCUUUGUUGACGCAUCCACCAUGAAGGAAAUGCUUCAAAUAUCCAAUCAGCUUUUUUCUGUGUUUGUGUUUUUCUUACCUUGUAUGACAGAUGCUUACAGACAUUCCUUUGCCAAAAUCGAUUCAGGAUAUUUUCGAGGUCAAAACGCCUCCUCUGUGUUCGCUGACAUGUUUUUACAUAGUGGUCACCUUCACUAAACUCCUCUCCAGCAGCUUCAUUUGCAUUUUGUGAUAAAUUAAACAUUUUCACCCACAGCUGUUCACCUAUUUUUGCAUCUUUUUUUGGCAAACAGAGAUUGUGAAAACAGUUAAGGUGCGCAGACUUGUAUGUCAACGAUCACACAAUAGAAAAAAAAAAGUUUCAGAAGCGGGAGCAGAAGGAGCAGGAGCUGUUUGCAUAAACUUAGGUUUCUAAUGAACAUAAUUUAUCAAGGUCAAGACUGGAGGAAAAAGGACGGAAUAAUUCAUGCUGCUGCCCCACACACUCACACACACACACACACACUCAAUUUUCCUGGUCUCUCCGUCUUGUUUACGCAGAAAGGGUGACAGUAAGGCCGCUCCUGAGGGACGUGAAGGAAUUAUAUGUGUAGAUUCAUACAAAAGUUCCAUUAUCCCACUUGGCCGCCUCUUAACCUAAAUCUGAACAGACGCAUUCAUACCAACCCCUGUGGCCAGGAGCACCUGUAUUGUUGUCGAGCAAUCCAUGUAGGAAAUGAGGUUACUGUAUAAAGGCGAGGGUUAGAGACGGCCCAGCUCAAAGAAAAGAGACUAAAUCAAAUGUGUCCCGACUGUGAGUUAAUACUUACUAUAGAGGCAUAAAGCUUUAAGGUGGUAAACUCUGAUACAGUAAAUUACAUUUAUAACUAGGCUUUGACCAAUCAGAGUCAAAUAUUUUAGACAAAAGCCAUGUUUAUUGUCGAUUUAUUUAUUGUCGACAUGUCGAUUGGAAGAUUCAGAUCCAGUUCGACUCAAUCGGAAAUAAAUUGUAUUCUAAUCAAUGGUUUAUGCCGAUCAUUAUGUCGAAACGCGUCCAAGUAAACACUUAUUCUGAUGAUUGAUUGAACAUUAUUCUCUUACCUGACUCGAUCUUCACUCUUUAGCCUUUGGAUUAUUUAUUGAGGCCAGUACAGGAGGUUUAAUUAUUAACACUCUGGCAUAAAACACAACCUCAGGUGCCGUGUCUGCUCCUCCAGUAACAUAAGAAGUCGUACAUACAGCAUAAUGAUGUCACAUCUGCACGCGCAGUGCAACCUUUGACAGAACAGUAAAAUAAAUAUGCAAGGGCGCCAUCCAGUGACAAUAUUUAACAGGGGGGAACAUCCUGAAUUGGAUGGAGUGAAUACAGCUCUUCUUCUGUGAUUGCGAAAUUAGACAACUCUGCGCAUGUCCAAAUGCUUCUAAUCUGAAUAAAACUUGGUGCAUGUAUACGAACGUCAUGAUCGGAUUAUUUGAUUUUGCACCCAUAUAAACAGUUGAUUCAGAUUAUCUGAUCCCUCACAUUUAGAAUCAAGAGAUUUUGCCCAUGUAAACGUGGCUAAACAGGGUAAUAACACUUUCUUCCACUUGGGAAAAUGGAAAUGUACAGUGAGGCUAUCCAUGUUCAGCUGACACUAUAACUACAGAUUGCAGCUUUUAUUCCCAAUUGUCCUCAAACAGCCUUUGAUGCAUCCCAGGUUUUUCAGCAUAUAUACAUUUGUACCGACUAAUCAACCGCGCUAACCUAAUUAAAUCAGCUUUAAAUAAUGAAACAACCUUGUUGCACAUAUGUCUGAACACCUGCUUGAGACGCUGACUCUGGUUUUCCUGAGACGCCUUGAAUGUAAACUGAUCCAUCUUUUAUCAGUUUCCUUUUCAUGAAACCAGCUGCAUACAGCACUCCUACAUCCUGUCUGGCUUUAGCUUUAAGAUGAUGAAAAAUUAAUCAAAGGAAACAUGUUUGCUGGCCUGUUCUGCGGGCUGUGGUUACUGUUCUGUGUGUAAAAACACAUGUUCAGAGCAGGAAGGACAGGGUAUUCAUACAUGAGGAGAUUUAGCAGUCUCCUUUUUCUCCCUCUUGUUCCUCCUUUUAAUCACCAGUUUGAACUUGCUGUAACUAUUUCCAAUAACUUGCAUUUUACUCUUUUCAUAGUGAUGCAGCAUAAAAGUCCUGAGCCAUGAUCUUGAAUAAUUUGGCGUAUAGCAAGCACUGCAGAGCUCAGUUAUUAUUGACCACAUGCGGUAAACACAGUGUUUUGGUUUUGCUGUCGAAAUGAUGGAGCUGGAUUUCUGCUGUGUCCACGUUUAGCUCAGAACUUCACAUGCAUGUCAUCCCACGUCUCUGUCUCCUCCGCCUCCUCUCUCCAUCCUUAUUUUUGUCAAAUAAAAAAAAGUAAAGCGUGAGUUGGUCAUUUUUUUUUAGAGGCAUCUCUGAUGACAACUCACUGUGGGUUUUGCUGAUGUGAGGCUGCGUUACAGCUGAGAAGAAAGGCGGAGAUUUGUGCAUAAUGUAUCAAAGCCCGCGUGAGUUUGAUUGAAAAGUAAAACUUUCCCACUUUUUUCCUUACCUCCCAAAAAGCCUAGAGUAUGCAUAAUCUGCAUGGCAUUUUUGGGCCAUUUUAGCAUGGUAUUUUUUUUAUGUGAAAGCUUUUCUCUGUCCAGAAUAUUCCAUCUGCUUUGGAUCUAUCGUGCAAAACACCUGAGGGCUCACUUGUACAAUCUGAAAUUUUAUCUCCCUGUUUUACAGUCGUCUAGAAAUUAAACACCCUCAGAUUGGCCAGAUUUCCCAGCUCUUACUCAUUACUACAUAACCCACCAAAUAGUUAGACAACCCCCCUUAUCGUUAUGAAUAAAACCCCCUUGAAGGCAAGCAAUUAACCUGUUAGAAAACGCCUGUCAUCCUCACUUUCUCUUCUCCUCCUCCUUUCACCUCUUCGUUCAGCCUCCAUUAACAGCUCACAGACAUUUUCAUGAUGUAAGGUUUUUUAAUUGCCUCCUGGGGAGCUCUGCUAAUUCUUUUUAAUGUUUCAGUAUGAUGUACUGUAUGUGGUAAAGACGGGUAAAGACUUCAUGAAGGUAAUCAUUUUUUUUCCCCCAGCCCGGCCAACUUUCGAUCCUUGUUGUCAGGUGUUAAAAGCUCAUUGGCUGAGCGCUGAUUUAUUCAGCAGUCCAAGGAUUCUUAUUCUCUCGUACUUAUCACUGAGCACAGGGUUGAGAGUGGGAAAUUAAUUUUUAUAUUAUUCAUUAAGACACAUUUAAUCCCUGUUUGACAGCAUGGGUUUAGCUGCAUUUGAAUGGCAAAUGAAGCAGAAACUGGAACCGGAACUGCAACAUUUUGAUUAGAGCGAGAAUUCAAUUUCCACACAUUAGGUAGCAUCAUUAAUCAUCCUCGUAACAAACAGAGGUUACAGUUGUUUCCCUCGGCGUAAAACUGUUUACACCGCUGUUUAUUAUCGCUACAAGAAUCUUCAGUUGUAGUCAGUCAAAGCUGAAACAGCGAGCAUGACGGGAGCUCGCAUUGGCAGAACAUUUUGUUGGGAAACCAGCAGGUUGUUUUUGAGCAGAUUGUGUAAGGUGGGCAGUUUGACAGGCAUGUUUCCUCCUCUCUCCUGUCCUGGUGGAUAAAUCUUCUGUUUGACAACAUACUUUCAGCGCCUGUCUGAUAAAAUAUCUCUGACUCUCUGUCUUUUUGGCAUAAAAGUGGCAUAAAAUGACUGACGGUAUAAGGGAUUAUCCAAAGCAACCAACUUCCUAAGUGUUUAAAUGGGAAUGUAAAAUCUGGCCAGUCCAAAAGUAAGACAAACAUGGUUAAACACUGGAUCACAGAGUCUGUGGGUAAAUGAUGGCAAAACCCAGUUUAACAUACAACUUAAUCAAUCAAUCACCGUGAAAUCCCAGCUGUCAUCUGUGCUUCUUUACAUCCAGAUAGUAGAGAAUUAUUGUAUUAUUAAGGGGUGGCUGUGGCUCAGAGGUAGAGUUUGGUGUCUCCCAAUUAGAAGGUCAGGAUUCAAUCCCAGGUCCUGCUGUCCUCAUGCUGAAGUGUCCUUGAGCAAAUGGGAUUCGUCAACAAAACUAAUGGGCUCCGUACAAAGCAGCCUCUGCCAUCAGUGUGUGAAUGUGGUGAGUGUGACAUGUCGUUUAAAAGCACUUAGAGUGGUCAGAAGACUCGAGGAAGCGCUGUACAAAAACACAGACCAUUAUGCCAGUUACCGUUAACUGAAGCUACAGUGCUGGACAAUGAUGGAUAUCUGUGUCAGAGCUUAGAAACAACAUAUGUACAUUCAGGGCUUUCAGGUUUUGCCAGCUCUUAGCACAAAAGAACUGUGAUUUCUGCGUGUUGCCAUCGUUCAUAGCCAGACAAGCAACAUCGAUGAGGGACGACAUAAGUGCUAAAAACCAACCUCUUACAGUUGAUAGUUAGCUGUGCUCGUAAGAUAUUGUAGACAUAAAUUUAGGCUGAAUUAUUAAGAUGACUGCAAAUGACUUUUACAACCAAAGCUCACUGAAACUACUUCAAUACAUGCAAGCCAGUUGGUACCAAAAUCUUAUCCGGUGCCAGCAGAGCUGCCUUUUAUUUGCACAGUCAGUGAAAACAGAGAACUCUGGUGUAAAAUUCACGUUACUUACCGAUCUCCAGCUCCUGCCUGACGAUUUUGCCACUUUAUGGACAUCUAAGCCUGAAUUUACUUAAAGAAUAAAACGCUCUGAUGACUCCUGCACAUGCAAACGUGAGCAAUGGAGCAAAAUGUUCCCCAAUACCCAGUGCAGACCAACCAACAAUUUCAGAUAGUGGUGUGGGUUUCACAAAUACUUUGUGAAAUAUGGUUUGAUGAAGUCUUUGCUGUUGUUGAUUUUUAUGUAAUACAGAUUUGGACGUACCAAUGUAAAGUCACAGCACUGGAACUUUACGCUUUUUGCUGAGUGGACAGACAUCAGUCUAUUGGCAAAAAUGUGCCAUGCAUCAAUGUCAUUAGCUGAUGUUUACUGGUAUCACUCUUCAUCCUUACUUUAUCUUUAUUGCAUUCAUUUAAUACUGGCAGACUAGUUUACCUCACUGCUGAUUCAGAGGAUAGGUUUUAUUGGGCUGUAGAAGUCACCUGUAAGACUUCAUGAUUUGUUUUUAUGGUCCAACUUAAAAGAAAAUGUCGGCUGUGUUGAAGUAUUACCCCAUCCUUAGAGGGGUUUUAGACAUGCAGUGUUAGACAUGUUCUGGACAAGCAGCAACUUCAGUCUCACUGGAAGAACCAGAAAGAUGUGAUGUAGAAAAAAACCCAAAUCAGUUUUCGACCAUCAACUUAUUUGUAGUUUCCAGCAUCCAGUUAGAGUAACCAGUUAGAGAUGCACUUCUAUAUGAAGAGCAUCUCUAACUGGUUGCUGAGUUCACUUCACUUUCCUAAUCACUUUAAAUGCCUUCGCCCCUGUAGGGAGCAAUAUAGGAAAAGCCAUUAUAUAUAUAAUGUGUACAUGGUCAAAAUACCAGUUCAAGGCCAACCACAAAAAUAUAUAUACAUGAGUUUCAUUAUGAAUAAUUUAUUUUACUUUCUGCUCAUAACAUGUUUAAUCAUUGAGGCAGCCAAAACAAAACCACUUUGUCUGCAGCAGCUUCUGCAAACUGUCAUUAGUUUAUGUUUGUGUAUGCUUUCAUUCAUAUGUAUGGACGACGAGAACAGCCAUGGAUUUUUCUUUUUUUUUAUGCACUGUUUUCUCAAUAUAACAAAGUUUGUUUUCUCAUAAUAGCAAAUAACUUUUUUCCGUUAUCUUGACCUAACAAAGAUCAUUUUUUGUGAUAACGAAUUAUUCCACCGACCUAAAACAGUAACUUUUCAGAGAGCCCUCAUGAGUGGAAUAUUUCUGAAAUUCUUCCGUUGUCGACAGCAAGCAAGGUUUCAAUGAAAAUGCUGACGUCAUGCUCCAUGCAUGGGCAUUACGCUUUCAACGUGGGAACAUUUUACUGGCAUGUGCAAAUUGGACAACAACAGUAACAAUGGCAGACACAUUAUUAAUUAAUUUGUUGUCACAAGAAAAAAGAUCUUUGUUAUAUUGAGGUAAUGAGAUAAUAAGACAUUAUCAAGAGAUAACAGUGCAUUAAAAAAGGAAAAAUCCAUGGCCGUUCUCGUACUCUAUCAAUGAGAUUUAGUGCUCAUUUCUGAAAUUUGUUUGAUUUAUGGUUGUGGAGUUAUGAUCUGCACAUUCGCGGAUAUUAUUUAACAUUCAGGUGAACUUAAAGCCUAAUUUCUACACAUUGACUACAUUUCCGUAUUGGAUCCUAAACAAGCCUCACUCACUUCACUAUCAGUUUCUGAUGCAAAUUCCCAAGAACAAGUUCACAAAAUCCUCUCACAGCUCCCUCCGCUUUAAGCUGCUUUAGUUUUGCUAAGCCACCAACUACACUCUCUGGUAAUACAAAGUGGCUUUUUAUGGAGCUAAUAUAUACAACCUUUAUUUAACCUGAAUUUCCUGCUUGGUGCUAAUGCACAUCCAUAUAACCAGCUCAUACAUAGUUUGGAUAUGUAGCCUUUAACUCUCAUGCUGACCUUUCUAUCCAUCUGGCUCCUGCUGGAGUAAACUUGUUUCUCCCAGCCUGUGUGUUGUGCAACAGCAUGCAGCCAUACACAUGUGGUGUACGCUUGAAUAUACACAUUGAAAAAGGCCAGAUGCCUUGCAGCAUUGGAAAUGUUACGAGGUAAAUGUCAGCUGGCAGUGGGAAGGAAAAAGCAGGAAAAAUGAAACAUAUAUUCAUAAUGCCUCCAUGGAGUACAUUUGCUCACUUUCCCUUGUGUUUUCUCUGCUUUGGGCAUUUCUACCCACAAUGUUUAGUUUAUGCGCUCAACAAAACAAACAGGCAGAUAUGGCCACUAACUGUAUGCCUCCGCAGUAACAAGGCAGUAUUUGAAAAUCGCUCCAUUACCAUCGAGUUUCUGUUCAGACGAAGCCACUAUUAUGCAAAUUCAUAACAUAGUUUCUCUUCUACGCUGCGGUGUCAAAUCAGAUUACAAGCAGCUAAAUAAUAAAUGCACCUUCAGCUCUCGGAGGCACUUAUAAUCAUCAUCACAAUGUGUCAUAUUAUGUAACCCAGCAGUGGCUGUGUGUGUCUACAUGUGUGUUACAUUGUUAUUCAAUCAGCUGAGUUACGCAGCCUCGUGAGAGAGAUUGUGACACUUUGAUGACCUUUGGACAAACCUGACAGGAAUGUAACAGGAUGGAUAUGUGCUCAGAUUACAUUAAGACCCCAUUCAGAGGCUGCAUUUAUUAUCUGCCCCAUAAGGCCAAAACAGUUGAUCUUGCUGGUGCUUUGAUUACCCCAACAGUAAAAAUGCUCUAAUAGCCGCCUGGGCUGUUUUCAGAUCUGGCUAUAAGCUCUCAAGAUGAUACAGACCGAGGCUGCAUUCAAAAUCCCCUGCAGCGACGUCCCUGAUAAACGGACAAAAUCCUGCUGAAAGGUGGGGUAGGCAGGAUCUGAGGAAGUGCCAGUUUUUGGGAGAAAUCUUGAAUGUAAACUCUACCCCUUAAAACCAGUUUUCCCCUCAGCUCCUCCUCUCCCCUCCCUCUCUGGUCCAGCAAGCCCCGCCCACAAACAGACACUCCUGCUCGCUCGUACUGUUUCAAUAAUGCAGAAAAUACUUCAGAUGAUUACAAAUGGGACCCAAUCAACGUGAAAGUAAAAACCAAUGGUGCUACUGCAGAUGCCGACACACUGCUAGCAAACACAAUGUUUGCAGGACUUUUACAUCUUUAGAAACAGUAAACAGUUUGGCGGUGCUACGACACGCAGCAGGUCCGACACUUGGCUUACUUUGUUAGAGCGGUUUACUUGUCCAGCAGAAAGGUUACAGGGUCUGUAAGAUCCCGGAGCCUCCCCCAUCAUUGAUGUUGACCCAGCUUUUUAGCUCUUUUCCGGUCUACCUCCUUUUUAAGCGCUUUUUAUUCCGCCAGAGUCUCCAGUAUUUACUUUGUUUUCUUGCUUGUGUCGGCAGUCAUGGCUAAAGGAGGAUUCAGACAAUUUUCCGUACUUUCUGGUUGGUUUCUACUGUCUGAUAUUGUAGCACACUAACUUUGUUCGGGCUUUGGGGGAGCAGCGUCUGCCUCACAACCAAUCAGCAAUAAGGAGCAGCAUCCACUUUACAAUCAGGUCAGGGGAGGCGGAGAAUGGUUUUGUUUACAGUCAGAAAGAGCAGACCACUUAAAAAAUUUAAAAUGUUGACUACACAGACAUAACAAAACCCAGCGAUAUCCUUACAUUACCAAAUGUCAUCAAUAACUAACAGCUAUUGAUUGAUAUUAAAAGCUCUUUUGAAAAUACGCCACAAAAAAAGAUGCUUCUUUAACGAAUUCCUGCCUACCCCACCUUUUAAGUGAGUAUUUUUGAGUCUUUAUUUCUUGUAUUUACUCCAUGGAUCCAGGGUAUCUAAUGUUUGGUUUCCAGCCUCACACCUACACACGUGACCUUCACCCUCUUUCACAUCUAAUUGGUAGAUUCCUAAUCCUGCACAUCCUCCUGCUCCGAGUGGUCCGGCCACCAGCUGACACCUCUGAUUUGCUGCAAGGCCUAGUCGUGACCCAUCCUCUCUAUCACCAGUGUCAGGGUGUGUUCCCAUGUGUUGCUGCACACACUUCAUCCUGUCCGAGCAAUUUAUGUCUUUCUAUCUGUUUGUUAUUGUAGCGUGACCAACUGUCAGGCUGUAAACCAGGUAAAUUACGGUGGCAGCUCGCUGUUUUGACACAUUAGUUUAAUAUGUUCAUAUGACGACUCGGUCAAAAGAGAUUACUCAGAUCACUGAAGGCUGUGUAAUGGGCUAUUACAUUUUGUAUUGGAGCUGUGAAGCUGUGUGGUAUCUUUUAACACAUCAUGAGUCAUAAUUUGUGAUGAAAAAUGCUCAAACUGUGAGUCCUGCAGAGCUUUGCCUCAAAUGAUGGUGAGCUGUUGCUUGGUUACAUGUGUAGUUAGCAAAACUGUUUCGCUGCAUGUUUAAUCUCCUACUCAUUGAGAUGAUAGAGAGAGAGAGAGAGAAGAGGGAGGAAGAACAGACAAAAAAAAUACUUCACAAGCCACUGACUGUUGUGUUUUUCUUGUAAGUGUGCUCAUCUUUAUCUCUGAAGCACAGAUUCAAGCACAUGCAGUGUGUACUCAGUUUCUACAAUGUCUCGAGAUCACACACACACACACACACACACACUUAUGACUCAAUAACAUUUUACUCCAUGUCAUAGAUAAGUUGUACAUAGAUCAGUACUAUCAUCCAUUUUUAUUAUGCUAAUUUCUUCUGAAUCCAGCCCCUCAUUAGAUAGUCGCCAUCGGCUGCUGCAUCGCUAGAAACACUCAUUUGAUUGCAAAUCAGCUGUGAAAGCCUGGUAUAUAAAGUAAUAAUUCUGGUUGUCUACCGCACAACACAGGCACUUUGGCAUAAUUUCACAGUAAGCGAUUAAAACAGUUUUCCUGUAUGGAAAGGGAAGAGGACUUAAAGUUAUUGUAAGGGUUUACAUUGAGAUUAUGCUCUGUGGGCAUAUUUUCAUUUGCCUCAAACGUCCAUCUAACAUAAACUCACUCUGAAUAUGUUUAUAGACUUGAUUUGAACAUUUUCUCUAGAGCUGUCAAGUUUUCCAAGUUGGCAUGCAAAUGUUCAGAUACAUCCACAUUUUGAAGUUUUAUCUGCGAUGCCUUUUUCCUGAGCCUCUGGCAGACGGCCUGCCGGUAAAAAAGCAGUCCUACGGGGUCGAACACUUGCUGUUGCACUGCUAGUUUGUGAUGCCUCCUCCGCCGCUGCCGCCGGCACUUUACAUGGUUGGCAAGCCUUUAGGCGAGCCUGUAGAUUUGUCAUUGUUGACAGGACAGCGGCUGUGUACAGAGUCAACAAACAGCCUUAUUUUGUCUUUAAUUUCUCAUCUACGGUACAGAACUCAAAAUACCUCCACACAGGGCUUCUCAGAAGUUGUCAAAUCAGUCCGUGUGAAGGAGUCCACUGCCUGUUGACACUGUUGCAAAUGAGAACAGAAAUGUCAACAUAUGUACAGUAUUAUUACAGAAGGCCCAUUCACUUUGUUCGAUGUUUUCUUUAAUGGAAAUGAUCAGUUAUUAAUGAUUAAUAAUACAUGAGUAGGCUAAUCUGUAGGAUUAUUGACUUUACAUUAUCCAUUGUGAAACAUACACAUAUUAAAAGGCUGAAUAUUUAAAUCCUUAAAUAGCAAAUUAUUUAAUCUAAAAAGAGGUUUUUAUGGCAAGUUUGAAAAAUAAGUAAUAAAGCACAAAAAUCCAUUUCCCUGUUUAAGUGUGAGGUCGUAGAGAGCGUUAGAGGAGACAAACUAUGCAAUAAACCUGGUUCAACACCCACAUGUAGAAGACUGUGCAGUGUUCUGAACAAAAUUGGAAUCGUAUUUCACUCUAGCUUCACUUUGAUAUCAUGUGAUACAAGGAUGGAUAAUACACCUCACUGUCAUAUUUCACUACCAUCUUUUAGCCUCUAAGGUUCUUCAUUGACCUGAAGUGACUCAGUUUAUCAGUCAUAGUUUUCAAGGAACGAUCAGAGCAGAGUAGAUGUGAAUUCAUACAUUUUAUUUUCUGUUUUCUUGUGGCGAUGAGUAAUUUACUGUUGGGAUCUUGGCAAAUUUGACUUGUUAUCGUGGUCUCAUGAAGCUGGUUUUCCAAAAACAGAUUAAUUUGUCUUAUCAUCAUAAAAUAAUGAAAAUUCUAGUUACUAUUAUCUGGUGUUAUGUCAAGAAGUGGAGGGAAUAAAUGAGAUUAACUCGUUACAGCAAAGUUAAUCAGUCCACUCCACUUUGGGCCUGUUUUUACAAUCUUUCAUCAAAGAUUGUUGCAAGUUACCUGUAGACAAGAAUAAAUCAGAGUCAGCUAGUGCGAAAAAUGUAUUUCAAUAAGCCAUGAAAUACGUUUUGUUCUUUCUGCGUCAAUACUCAGCGAAGCAAGAUUUAGGUUAAGCUUGCAUUCUCAGGCAAGAGAAACAAAGUUACUGCAAAGUAUGACACUAAAUGAGAUAUAACUUUAAUAGGAGUGGUCAACUGAUAUCAUUUUUUUAUUAGCCCAUGUUGAUACAGCUUAUGAAGGAAUAGGACAGCUGAUAUACAGUAUAAUGCCAAUAUCACAUUUAGAAAGAUGAUAUUAAUGUGAGACCUUGUGAAGUCUGAUGCUGAUAUGACGCUCAUUACAUCCAAAUGUCAUCAAUCUUAUGACCAAAUUAUCGGUCUACCUCAAUUUGAUAGUGAUUUGUGAGUCAUCAACACACAUUGACUGAAAUACAGUGUUUCCACUGAACUAAAUGAUUAUUCCUGUUUGAACAUUUUUUGGUAAAUAAGUGGCACAGAAAGCGAAAAAAAAACAGGAUCCCUCUUCACAGGUGCUGUUGAGUAAUGAUGUGAAAGCCUGAACUCAACAGCUGAUUUAUUGCAGCCUGCAAAGACUGGACAGAAACCUCACGAUUGCCAUCCAACAGAGUGAUAACAGACAGGUGUUAUUGAUGGCAAAGAGGAGGCAGUGCGGGAAACAAGAAAAGCAAACACUUCACGGGACAUGUGGAGUUUAAGCUGCCGUCGCUGAGCCACUGAGAGAGGUGACGAAUGGUUUGGAGAUGAGUGUGCAGUCAUAGUCUGCAGCCGGUUAAAGUCAUUAGAAGUUCAAGUUUACAGAUAAAUGUCUGGGUGAUUCAUUCUAGAGAAAACACUGUUAGAAUCACAUGACUCACACCCUCUCUGUUUCUGUGUGUAAUGUCCUUCAUCACCUGUGCAUGCUUUAGUUUCACACAUUAAGUUCAUCCACUCCCUCUGAAUUACACAACCCUCUCUUCUUAUAUAAUAUAACUUAACAUGCAAGUAGUUUUCAUGUGUGCAACAGAGUGAUGGUGUGUGUGUGUGUUAUUUACAAAACGGAGGGCUGCCUUUGGCGGAAACCUGAGCACUCGAGAGAUAAAGCGAGGCGGACAGAAUCUAAAAAUAUCAAGCCUGAGUGAGCACCAAGCUGAAGAACAAGCAGGAAAAGGAGAAGUGGCGGUGGCUGUCUCUGCUGCCGAGCCGCGCUCUGGGUCUUCAGGCUGCUGGGCCGCCGUCUCAAGAUGAAAUAUUAGGCCCUCAUAAGCUAAAGGAAACAAAUCCAUCUGAGAGUAGACAGCUAAUUUAAAGUGACAGGCAGAACAAGAGGGGAUUCAGAUCAGAUAGUGAACGUUUGAUCUGUUUGGGGACUCGGUGUGAUGUAAAGUGGAUGAAACAGCUUUAAUAAGAUCUGAGAUAAAUUGUUUGGGCAUUCAUCAAAAUAGAAAUAAAGGAUCAUUUGUGCUCAUUAGGCAUGCAUUUUUAGAGUUGACUCUUUGCAGACUUAAAUAGCAAUUAAAGUAAAGUCUGGACCACAAUAAGAAUGAAUAAUUUGCAUGUAAAAGUUUUAUAUUUGGUUCUAUGGCUUAGGACGGCGAUAAAUCAAAAAUUUUUCCGAUACUGAAAUUUACAACAAUAACCGACAUCAUUUACCCAUGUCAAUAUAUUUGGUGUCAAAAAAAAAUAAAAAUAAAAGAUGGUUUUGGAUGUGUGUAGGUAGGCUAUGGUCUCAUCCAGUCCGUUACAAAGAGGGAAAGACAGGUGAGGAGAUGGAGGACGGUUCAAAAGUUGUAGCGGCUGAAGUAGGUGAAGUUAAUGUGGGUAGGGAGUGAGCAGCUUGUGGAAUAGUUAUUAUUAACUGCUCAGUAUAUCGUGAUAUUGAUUUGAGGCCAUAUUGCCCAGCCCUACUGUGACUAUGCUGAGAGCUACCUGCCCUUUCAUGUGUGUACGUGAGAUGCAAAAGCCUGCAGCCUGUAGAGAGCACACGCCCCCUCUCAUAUGCAUGCAUGAAAAGCAAAGGCAGGGAGAGCAGCAGCAAAGACCCCCCAGGCUGCAGACCAGAGCAGUUUAUGGUCUGUCUGAGCUGUAUAUUUACCAUCUGGGUACAACACAGAUCUCUCAAUUUCCUAAUCUGACCUCUUGAGCCUUACCUUCAUGGCCAUGCCUGCAGAGAUGAAAACAUCCACCCCCUACAUCCUGCAUCUCAGCCCUCAUCCACACUUCCUGUCUCUGCAUACCCCCUCAGUCUUACAAACUCUAUUUUCAGUCCUGAAGCAGCCAUUUGAAGCAAAUUCUCUGUCUGUCUGUUCAUUUGUCCAACCAGUCUUCAAACUUAACCUUCUUUCUGUUGGCACCUGAUAUGCAAAGUACUCUACAAAGUGUAAAUGACUGUGGACCGGCUCCGGCGGUGGCUUGAAUUGGCUGCUGAUGACUCAUAAAAACAUAGAUUUCCAUUUGAAAAGGGGGCAGUUAGCGUUGCUUGUUAUUUACGGUCACUUUAAUGCAGUCUGUCGGCGCUCUAACUGAAUAUUCUUUACACCUCGGAAAUCUCACUAAACAACACUCUGAAAGAGCUCUGAGUAAGAUGGGUGCUUUAAAGCGCCUGCUAAAAAGGAGUAAAAUAAGUUCUUUUUUCAAGGGAACUCAAAUCAGCACUGCCUCUACAGAGGAGACAUGUUGACCAAGCUCGUAUGAUGAACACUUAGCAGUAAGAUUAGCAUUUUUACGCUGUGAGAAAAUGAGUCCAUUUAGGGGAAUCUAAAGCCGGAGUUGAAUCCUUAAGACUUGAAUUGGUCUCAAUGGCGUGUUUCCUCUCAGCUGCAGUUCUUAGCCACUUCUCUCCUACUCUCUCUCUCUCUCUCUGUACUACAGCUGUGAAUAAAGAGCAAAGCGAUGAGGGUUUGUUCUCUGCAGUUCUAAAUAUGGAUGCACAUUUACAUGCUGUUUCAAGAACAUGCACAGUUCCGCUGCAGACACAAACGCACACAAAUGAGGAACAAACUUGAUGUUGUUGAGACUGAGUGGAUCAGCAGGUGAAUGAUGGUGCACUUGUAUAUUAUUUUUUGAAUAUGAAAUGCAGGUGCAUGAACACCCACACAGACACUGCAACACUUAUUGUCACACAUACACACACCCUCAGGAACCAGCCUUUGUCCUGCGGCUUCUGCUUCCUGCAUGUAAAGCGCACACCACAGACUCUUUUUUUCACUAGUGGUAAAAACAGAUAUGAGUGUAAUUUCAUGUCAUAUUGAUCCACGAGCACAAAUAGGCAUCUUAACAAGCAGAGCAGGAUCAUAUAAUUCAAUUUAUGUCCUUUUCCCUGUGUUUUGGGUCACACAGCAGCAGAGAGGUUGGAAGGAGAGCACAAACACCUUGUGAGUACACGGUUCAGACUGUUGUCUGCUGAGCAGAGAGGAACAGCCUGUGAGGUUAAAGUGUCACUUUUUCAGCCUGCAUGAUGAGUGCGGGGAGAGACUCGCCAAGUACAAACUCAGGUAGUACGCCAGAAUUUUCAGUUUGUGUGUUUCUUCAGCUGAAAAUAUUUUGUUUUGAAUUUGAAAGUGAAGUAUCGUUGGACAUUGAUUCAUGCGUUACUUAUGUGAUAUUUGUGGUAACUUCUUCAUUUCAGGUUCAUUUUUAAACUUUGUUUGCCUUGUGGCUACAUAUCCGGGUUUGCUCUUUAUAUACUAAAAUAACACUAUUUAUUUAUGUUUUAUGAUCAAGCUGUGUCCUGUCAAAUCAACCAGGAAAUACAAAUGAUAUACUUCAACUUUGGCUAAAAUGUUAGCUACCGAGGAUAACAGACACUUGGCUACUGCAGUCUCAAGGUGGGAUAUUUGGGCUAUACAGUUUGUAACAUUUGUAGCGUUUGUAAGCAUAAUAGCAGGUUAAAGUCUUUUCACCUUUGACCCUCUCUUGUUGACUGUAACAGAGGCGAAAAUAGAGAGAAAGAGUUGGCAAUGUGUAGCACAAGAGCUGGAAGGGCAGAACAGAACUGUGUGUGUGCAUGUCUGACUGUGUGUGUAUGUGGAGCUCCUGGUGUGUGUGUGUGUCAUUCAUGCUCCCAUGACGACAUAGUAUGAUGUGUAGUGACAUGUUGGACACCAGCCAUGUGUAAAUACAAAGGCAUAAGAGAGGAAGAACUCUAUUCCAACAUUGCUACAGGGUUGUAGUAUGAAAGAGGUUAAUGUUAGUUUCUGUCAGGUUUCUGAUUCUGAUGUAUAUUAUUCUUCACAUUAUUACUUACAAUCUGCAUGAUUGUUUUCUACAAUUUCUUGGUCUGAAAAAGUUAAAUCAGUGCAGCCCCUUUACUCAUAAAUCAACUCCCUCCUUGUGUUUUUUCCAAGAAGGUGGCUUGAUAUAAGCUUGUACACGACCGCCAUUGAGCAACAUUUGUCUUUGUAAUUAAAUUAGAUGAUGUAAUUUCAUUCGACAUCAUCUGCUGUGACUAACAUAAUGCAAUUGCCUCAGCUACAGUGAAUCACCACCAGAUGUGUUUGUCUGUGGGAGAGAGAAUCCACCAAACACGUCAGACGCUACUGUGUGAAGUGCUGUUUUUCAGUGUUGUGCUUUUACGACCUCUAUGGGCAUUCACAUGUGAAAACGUUUGCAUGAUUGUGUGUAUAUAUAUACAUAUACAUAUACAGCACAGCCUGUGAAGAUAGAAUUUACUUGACUUAAUGGCUCCCACACCAAAGUCAUCAGCACAAACUUAAUCCUGAGGGUAGAAUAUGAGCGAGAGCUAAAAAUAGUCCUUGUAGCUUCAGUAACAGGCGUAGCAGGAUAUGGUUGUCUGGUAGAUGAUGGUAGGUGAAGGAAAAAAAAAGCUAAGGGAAGGGAUGGGGGAGGGAGAAGAUUAAAGAGAAGACGUAUAACUCGAGGAGAAAUUUAAACGACAGGUGGUUUCAUGUUAUAAAGAAGCCUGAGAAGAUUAAAAAAGCUUCUCAUUAACUGUAGAAAAUGACAUUUAUCAAAGUAGCGAAGGCGAAAAUAAACCACUACUAUCUCUGCUUUAUGUCGUUUUUGCUUAAGAGGCUUUUUGGCUGGAUGGAUCUCAGACAUUUUGUUCUUACUUUUCUAUAUUUGAGUCAUUUGCAUUUGUAUUUGUGUGCGUAUGUGUGUGCCGGUUCUUUCUUUUGUUUACCGACAAACAGGCUCGGUACACGUCUAAAUAAGUCGACAACUCUGUCUCAUAAUGGAUCGAGAACCUGAUUAGAGACAGACAGAUAAAAAGACAUGAUCUAGCGCCAUCAUUAAUGCCGUCUGUUCGCAAACCCUAAUUAUAGCUAAACACGCUGCCCUCCCUCUCCCUCACUCCCACUGUCGCUCCUGUUACUAACCUCACACAAUGCUUGACAAUACGAACAAAGAUCCCCCCAGGCCCCUAAUCUAAUAGAGCAGUCCCUACAAGACAUCCACCAACAUGCACACACACACGUGUACACACACACACACCAGCCAACAUAUAGUCAGGAGGGAAGAUGAGGGAGUGAUGGAAAAAAAAAGACGUGUAGUCAGAUAAAGGAGAUAAAUUGGAGUCUGAGCACAGAAUGACAUAAAGAGAGGAUUUUUUUUUUUUUCCCAGAGUCUCAGAGGGCUGUUGGUGUGAUGUCUAUCAUGAGGGAGCUCUGGUGGGACCUCAUUGUUCCCUUCUUUGUGUGUGUUUCCAUCUGCUGCCAGCCCCUUUAGGGUCCAGUUAUAUUCUGUCAUGAGUGUGGUCUCUGUGUGUGUGUGUGUGUGUAUGUCUCCUUAUCCUGCAGUAGAGUUAACUCUCCUGAAGCAGUAUAUAUUGAUUUUUGGUGAGAGCUGAUCAGCAGGAAGAAAAAGGCAGAGUGCUGCAGAGCUGUUUGAAACAUGCAGGACAAAAAAAAGACCUGAAAUGCGAAAAGAGGAAAAGGCAAAAAGACCAACUGCUGACCUCUGCGUCUGACUCUGUCCUCUCUCCAUCUGCUUUUGUCUUCAGCCUUGUUGUUUCAGGGACAAACAGGAGUAAGCGCUCUGAAAUCCCUCUCAGCUCAUUGACUGCUCAGCUAGUGAUGUAAAAACUUUGAUUUGUCACAUGACUCACAUCUCUCAGCGCAAUCGUGAACAUACUGUCACAACUGAGUAGUUUGUAGCUCUAAAAAAGGAAUAAUGGCAAUACUUGAAAUCAUGGAAAUCAACUUAUAAUUGUCGCUUUAAGCCAGACUUUGAGCUAUGGUUUAUUGACCCAUAUUAAGCUUUGAGGAUGCACAGCGGCAGUGGCGGUUCUAGACCAAAUUACUCCCCGGGCGAGCACCCCUCCAAGUGCGCCCCCCCCCAGCUAGAAUUUUGAACAGAUAGUUUUGUAUUACUAUGUAUUAUUAUUAUUAUUAUUAUUAUAACAACAAAAUUAAUAUAUUUCUCAGUUGCAGAAAUCCUUCAAUAGAAAAAAACACAAUCCUGAGGGCCAUUUUCAGAAGGGCCCCCAGAUCCUGAGGUUUUCUGACGUGUUAAGGUUUACAAAAAAGCUGCUAUCUCGGCCUCUGUAGUAGAUAGAAACAAAAUUCAAAAAGUAUUUGAGAGCUUAAACAUGUGGCUUUCAAGAAAGCUCUUUUUUUAGUUUUGCGAACCUUCAUCACAUUUUUGAAAACCUUGAACAAACAAACUCAAAUGAAAUAAAGCGGCUGUAUAAAUAAAAGUAAAGGCUCUGCACUGGAGAAUGACAAAUAAUUUGCUUUCUGUAAAACAAGUGUCAGUCAUGAUAAAGUGUCCAUUCAAUACAAAUGUAAAUGUAGAAAAUAAGGUGUUGAAAGGGUAUACAGCUGCCUCAGUAUAGUGCCAGUACAAAAGCAGAACUAAAAACUAAAAAAUGAAUAAAUAAAUACGUGGCUGACAGUGUGUUCAUCUCUGUUCUCACCCAAAGUCAUGCAACACUCAGAGAAAACGCUGAUAGUGUGAGCCAAAGCACUCCCUAUGAAGAGGUUGUCCACACUGCUGGAUGUUUCUCCUCUGAAGCUGCUCUCUGCCGCCGUCAUUGUUUACUUCACUCAUGAAGCUCAUCAAGCACGUAGCAAGAUCGCUACGAGCGCUUUAUUCGCCUAUCAAAGGCAGACGGGUACGGUGAUUUCAUUCACCACGACUCCAGAAAUGAUUAAAAAACUACAAAAUGACGUAUCCGCGCUCCCGCUGAUAUGCUGACAUGCGUACACAGAGCAGAGCUCGCGACUCUCUCCCCGCCUCGUCUCAUACAGUCUGUCAGCCUCUGUGCAGCACCUUCGGAGCAAGCAGGGGCGCCUACAGCAGCGGGGGGGGCGCCAAUUUGACAACAAGAGUUAAUACAAAUCCGCUUUGCGGUCAAGAUUUAUUAUUAUUAUCUUUUAUUUUAUUUUUUUGGAAGUGCUCGUGCCGCCCCCCAUGAGUCAUGACACAAAUGCCGCCCCGGGCGGCUGCCCUGUUCGCCCGUGCCUAGAACCGCUACUGCACAGCGGAGACCAUUAGACUGAGUGCUUGCUUAGCUAACAGGCUGCUAACUAAUAGGCUAUUCCUUCCUAUUUAGUUGCCUUUUACAAGUGAAUUUGUAGGGGUGGGAGAUAAAAAUUAUUCACAUAAGUAUCACAAUUUUUUGUUUUACGAUUUUUCAAUGAACUUUUUUGUUAAAAAUUUGAUUUUUUUUUUUCAAAUUCAAGAACAAAUCUUAAAAACUGACUUACAUGUGAUUUGUAUAUUUUGGGGAAAUAUUGUUCCUUGAGUAGUCAAUAUAAAAUCAUAAUCAUUCGACUGUUUCACUGGUGUUAAAAAUGCAGAUUAAAAAUUGAGAAAAUCGACAAUAUCGUAGAAUUGCAAUUUAAAUCGAAUCGGCACCAAAAAACUCGUAGAAGAAUCCAAUCAGGAAAUUUGCAUGAUUAAAAAAUACUUAUCUUGUUUUAACACACAAUGAAUCCAAGUUAUGCUGUCCUGUUAGAAUACAGAUACAAAUGAUAUAAAUUCAGGUUGACUGUAUCAGUUUUAUAUAAUAUAUAGAUGACAAAUUUACAGACAGAUUUCAGAUUAUACAAGUCUUUCCUCAUGGCGACAGAUGUAGCGUUUCUAUGGUUUCGAUUUACAAAAAUGUGCACUUCUUUCUUUGGACACUAGAGGCGUCAUCUGUAUAUUUAAACCUCAAAUCAGAGAAAUGAAGCCGAUGCAGAAAUGCUAAAACUGCAGUUCCCUUAAGUGCCUGCUCUGGGCUGGCAGCAGAAGCAUCAGAAGUUAACAUAGUCCGUUUUUAGAGCAAAAACAUGCGUGUUUACAACCUGGUUUAAAAAAACUGUUUUGUUUUGCAUACCCACUGAAAGUUUUUAGGGUUACAAAAGGAUCAGGAGGGGCAUUAAGUUGCGUUAGAGCUUUUGUGACAGGUUGCAUGCCAUGAAACCUGUGGCUCUGUGUGUACAUCUACGAUCGACACAGAAUCUGAUAUCUUGGUGAGGACCAGCAGGUCACCAAUCACCAAACAGACUGGAAAUCAGCCACCUGUAGUCACCUGCUCAAUGAUCCCUACACUCCUACGUUGAUAAGUGGAAGACAGAAUGCAAAUUCUCAUAACAAGAGCGUAGAGACAGAGACAAAAAGGGUUUACCAAGAGAAGAAAAUUCAAAUUGUUUGGUAUUUUUUACCCUUUAUUACCUAAAUUAGAUUUAUUUGUCCACAUCAAACAAACAUUGAAGAUCCUAAACACAUCAGACAUUUCAAAUGCAGAUUCCCGACUCUCCGUGCCGCAGUUGUGUCAGCAAGUGGUCUUACAUAAUGCCGCAUCCAUCAGCAGGAGACAAGAAACCUAAAGAGACAGCCUGUUGGAGACUCCAGGCUGUAGCCCACGCAAACAAACAGAGGGAUUCUCCACCCGCGGGGUCAUGAAACCUACCCCCAGUCACCUGGAUCGGCCCCUCCUUCUCUUGUCCUGUCCACACAGAUUGCUGUAAUACCUGGCACUGCAAGGUCAAGGGUCAGGAGUCCUAAAAGCAUCCAAGUAUACCAAAUAUCCAAAUCUGCACACCAGAAAAUCCCUGAAAAAGAUGCUGUUCCCUCAUUUAUAUAUUUGGCAGACAUUUAGCAGAAACUUAGCAGGGAUUGAGGAAGGGACCCCUGUAGUGAGACCCCUGAUUCAAACUCAAGGGUUGAGCCUCUGGGUCAGGGUCAGUUUUGUUGUUAUUAGGAAGUAACACUUGCUGAGUUUGAAUAAAGGAUCCAACGUAAUGGAUCAAAUUUUAUAUUAAAUUUUAUAUUAAAAGUCUGGCUCACUUGGUGUAUCAGAUUUUGGAUAAAGGGGUCCUACCUCAUGGGUUUGUUGGAUUCUGAAUAAUAACCACUGACCUUGCAAUCUGUUAAUCCAAUGAAGGAUACAACAAACAUUGUAGUUUUUUUUUUUUUAUUGUGUGUUUGAGGCGGCAGAGAUGUACUUCCCCUUCAAUGCCCCAGCAGGAUGGAGGGUACACACAGCGGGAGAUGAGCCUCUGUUUACUGAGUCGUGUUCAGCAGAGUGGGCUGCAUGCGUGAGACUUCUGAAAGUGCGGUCCCUCUCUGUGCAGCCCACAGGAGACUGAGUGCUGAGUUGCUGAGGGUGGAGUGAAUCGCAAAAUCUGUGAGCUCUGUGGAGCACUAAGCCCGACAUUGUUCUGCCUCUGUAAAGAUUGACCCAAGCUUUGAGAGGAUGAGUUUAGUCGCUUUCUGUCUCCUCGAGCACUUCUUCAUUUUAGAUCAGAGAGCUCUGGACAGAAAGAUUUGUACCAAAGUUCAGUCUUGAUUAAAACAAAAGGACUCAGUGUUUCUUACUUCCUGUUGUUCUGCUGAUGAUGAGACAGAAAAACUUGAAAUAGAUUUCCAAAGAAGGGAAUAAAAUUCUCUGUUUUUGUGGAUAUCUAUAAAUGACUAUGAAUCUCGAGAGACAAGUAGGGAUUGCUCAUUUUUGAGGGAUAAUCUUCUUCAGAUGUCUAAUGUUUUUGUCUCCUCUCCAGCUUCUCACGAACUUUUCUUUUUACUUUCCUUUUCUUUCUAGUGGAGCUCGAUGCUGAGCAUGCACAGAGGGUCCCUGGGGCAGAACAAGGAGGCAUGCCAACUCCCCAGGUCAAGCUGAAAGAGAGGCAGAAGUUCUUUGAGGAAGCCUUUCAGCAAGACAUGGAGCAAUAUCUGUCUACUGGCUACCUGCAGAUCGCUGAGAGGAGAGGUGAGAAGGAAAAGCAAUGAGGUUAGACGUUCUUUUGAGGUGACACAGCUCUGCUCUUAGAUUCAUUUCUAUCAGCUCUAAAUCGAGCAUGUACUUUAAAAAAAGGAAAGUUUCUAAGUUGAGAUCAGGAUUCUGGUGUCUGUGACUUAUUAAACAGUGAAUGCAAAGCUAUCAAGCAUUAAAGUAACUUAAUUCAAAAGCCACGAUAGCAUCAGCUGAAACCUUCACACUUCAGCUGCAUAUCUCUAGAUUGGGCCAUAAUAGCUUUCUGCUGCGACGCUCCUCUCUGAUUGCCUGUCGCUAAAUCCACAAGUCGAGACAUUACUCUGAAAAAUGCCACCGUGCCGUAUAAAUGUAGUCUUCCUCUGGGAUUGUAAUGGAAUCCUGCAGCAGCAUACCUCAUGUGUUACCACUAAAAUCCUGUGCUAAAAUACCCAGAGGAUGCUCUGAAGCGAGGGACUGCAUACUGCUCUGCAAGAUGCAUUAGACUCAAGUGGAUAAGACUGUGGAAUGUGAUUUUUCUUCCUCUUUUACUCAUCUAUCGUGCUCCUUUAAUCCUCUGGAUAUGGCUUAUUAGAGAGGAUUGUGAAGCAGUGAGGUGGGAGGAGGGAUGGGGUGAGAGGAAAGGGACUUAAGGAGAGGAGAGGGUGAGGACUUGUGUUUGCACUGUCAAUAAAAACAACCUGCUUUUUUUUAACUUAAUGCAAUGAUGCAUAAAAAACAGGCCCUAAAGCCAUAGUUUGUGCUGCCCAGAGUCAAUGUUAACAGCUCAUUAUUCAGAGACUAGCAAGGAUCUUUUUUGUUACCAAAUAAACAGAGGAGGUGUUUAGAUGGGGACUCCAGCCUAUACUAUGACAUUUUUAUCAUACUAUACAAUGAUAUCUUUAUCAUACUACAGUAUGACUUUUUUUCAAACUAAAAUAUGAAAAAUUCACAUACUAUAAUAUGACAUUUUUAUUACACAAAACUAUGAUAUUUUUAUCACACUAUACUAUGACUUUAUUUUAAACUAAAAUUUGACAUUUUUAUCAUAGUAUACUGUGACAUUUUUAUGAUUGUAUAAUGUAACAUUUUUAAUUAUACUAAACAAUGACAUUUUUAUUGUACUAUACUAUAACAUUUUCAUCUUUCCGUACUAUUUUUUUUCAUACUAAAAUGUGAAAUUUUUAUCAUACGAUACUGUGACAGUUAUAUUAUACUAUACUAUGAUAUUUUUAUCAUACCAUACUAUGACUUUUUGUCAAACCAAAUUUGAAAUCCUUAUCAAAGUAUUAUAUAACAUUGUUAUCAUAAGCCACAAUUUUUUUGUCAUACUGUACUUUGUCAUUUUUUUAUCAUACAAUUCUAUGACCUUUUUCUAUCAUUUUCCAUACAUAUCAUACUUUACCUGACCGAGACCUGAACCCAUGGCAUUUUGUGCCAUAAGGCAACAGUGGUUUCCAUUACACCAUGGUACCGCACAUGUAACGUUAGAUUUUUACAACAAACUCUACUGUGAUUUUUUUCAACAGAUUAUACUAUGAUAUUUUUAUCGUACUCCUAUGACUUUUUUCCAACUAUAAUUUUUUAAUUUUUAUCAUAGUACACUAUGACAUUUUUAUGAUAGUAUGAAAUGACAUUUUUCAUACUAAAACGUGUAAUUUUUUCUUACCAUACUAAGAAAUUUUUCCAUACUAUACUAUGAUAUUUUUAUCUUACUAUACUAUGAUUUUUUUUUCCAAACUAAAAUUUGAAAUUUUUAUCAUAGUAUACUAUGACAUUUUUAUCAUACUAUACUAUGACAUUUUUAUCAUAGUAUACUGUGACAUUUUUAUCAUACUAUACUCGGAUAUUUUCAACAUUCUCUACUUUGAAUUUUCUUUCAACUAAAAUUCUAAACCUUUCUCAUAGUGUACCACGGCAUUUUUAUGGUACUAUGAUAUGACAUUUUUUCAUACUUAAAUGUGAAAUUUUUAUCAUACUGUACUAUGACAUUUUUAUCAUACUACACUAUGAUAUUUUUAUCAUACUAUAGUAUGAUCUUUUUAUCAUGCUAUACUAUGACACUUUUAUCAUACUAUAUCAGCCAAAUAAGAAUCAACCUGCUGUAACUGCCUUUAUACUUCUGUCAUCAGCUACAAAGAGAGGCUGUUAAAAUAAAGAUAAAGUACCUGCUAGCUUAGAUUCAAGUAGAGAUGCUGAGAACAAAAGGAGAGAGACAGAGGAAAUAAACUAGAAGUAGAUGGUCAAGCAAAGAGAGAAAGCUCUGCUGAUGCCUUCACCCACUAAGCCAUCAAAAGCCAGUCUCAAGGGUCGUCUUAUACACACAAACACACACACACUUGGAUACCCUCCAUAAUCUCACCACAGUCUCUCCCAGCAGGGAAACCUUUUAGGCAAGGUCACAGAGAGGCUAAGAGGGGAACAUGUUAAAGUCAGCGACACGGAAAUGAUGUUCUCAGUGCAGGGCUUUCUUCAGCAAGACUCUCAGUCUUACUGCUGGUUUAAGUGAACUGUGUGUGUGUGUGUCUUUGUAUGUGUAUCUAUGUAUUUGGAUUCAUGUAUUAGAUACUGAAUCAACAUCCUCCGUGCUAUGUUUUAUGAGCCUGAACAACUGCUGUUUGGUGGUAAUCGUGGAGCUGACAGGAAGAAGCCACACACUGAGCAUUCAUUAGUGAGCAGUAAACCUCAGUUUCUCUCAGAUGUGUCACACAAAACAACACUGCUGACUCCGCAGAGAAAACCGAGGGAAAAAAAUGUUUAUACGACUGGAUUGGUGUGAAACAUCUCAAGUGAUACUGUACAUGUGUAUGUGUAAAAAUAAGACAUCAUUUGUGUGAAUUUGCAUUCAAUUCAUCCAUGUCUGUGUUAAUUCAUUAGAAUAAUUAUCAAUAUUUGUUUAAUAUUUUUUUGGACAUUCAGAUGAAUUGCCAAAGUUGAUUGAUCUGAUCCGACACUCACUCAUGUGUCUGUUUGUGUGAUAUGCAGUGUUUUGCUUUUUGAAGUAUGGAAAGACUUUUGGGGGGAGUCUCCAUGGGAAAUAACACCCCCCUUCUUUCUCUCUUUCUUCACUCUUCUGCUCUCCCUCCCUGUGCCGCCCUUCUCUGCUCUCCUCAUUUCCUUGAGGUACGGUAGCCAAUGGCAUCUUCUCUUACUGCUGUGUGCCGACCAAUCAUCUCCCUUCUUUUCCUCUCGUGCUUGCAACUUCACCCUGCCCUCUCCUCCUUUAUCCCCGCAGUGCAAUGACCGGCUGUUUGUGACGCAUGCAGCACAUCAUGCUAGUUUGCACCCUUGCAAGGUGGUGAAUCCAGGACUCUACUAGUUGCUUAAGUUUGUCAGUUUUGUUGUAACAUCAACAUAAGAACAGGAAAAACAGGCAACAUGAGAGAUUGAUUAGAUACAUUUGAUCGUGUAUAUUUUGCACAACUUUAACAUCUUGAGUAUCAAACAUUUUGUGAAGUGUGGAGAAUCAACUAUACUACACACGCUUUUAUUUUGAAGGUUAAGUAAAUUCAAGCUAAACUCCACAGCAUUUUUAAUGUUUACUUAUACCGUUCUUGACUGUAUGUGAAUUUAAAGAAGGGGUAGAUGACUUAAGAGAAAAAUAAAAUAAAGUCUAAACUCAAAACGUCAAAGGAUCUCCUCCCAAAUACCUAAACAUGCUCUGAUCCAUCCAAUUAGUUAAUUUCACCUCAGUUCUAAUGAUCUGAUUGGGUGGACAGAUGUUCUAUCAGAGCAUUUUACUUCCAAUAACUAUGAACAUUACUCCCAAAAUUAAUAGACUUUUUCCCUUUGACAGCUGUCUUCUUGUGACUUUGUGUUCAGGAUGAGAAACGUGUGCAUUGCUAUCCUUUAUUAUGACGGUGCCCCGGCUCAUAAGUCGUACAAGCCUCAAUAUUCUAACUGUGGUCAUUUACAGCUCCCUGAUUAUUAAGCAGCUACACAGACUAUAGACAGAGGUGAUUAGGAGAGAGAUGGGGCCAUAAUCCAAGUUUAAAAACACAUCUGAUGGCUCAUUAGCAAACAUUACAGCACAGUUAACAUCAAUAUUAGGCACUCCCUAUUUAUUAUUAAAGCCCCUGUAAGGAGUUUUUGAACAGUGAUGCAUCUCUUCGAUGUGCAAAAGCGAAUGAGACCAUCAGUGAGAAGAUUGACAAUGUUUAUACCAUUAUUUUUAAUCCCCAUAAAUGCUGUGUGAAGAAACAUUAUCAGCAAAUAGUCACGAUGAAUAAUAAUUUUCACUGCUAAAACACAUCAGGAGAAAUCAGCAUCAAUGUAAGCGUUACCACUUUGUCCACAGGGGGCGCCAAAGUCAACACAACAGAAAAUUCCUCAAGGUUUCAAAAAAUAUUUGAUACAGGGAAAGAGAAAUGUUUACACAAGCAACUUGAUCAUUUUGAAGGCUGUUUAUGUUAGUUUAGGCUGCUGAAGCCCACAUUCGCCCACAGAGCUGUAAUUUAGUCAUCUUUAUAAAGGUUUAAAAUUCAUUAAAACUAAACCUCUCUGAUCAUCAAAUUGCAGGACAGAACUGGCUGCUGUGUCAAAAAUCAUGUUGAAAGAUUUUGUUGGACAUUUUGUAUUUUCUAGUCUGACCCAUGGUGAAGGUGGGCUUUGAGACCCAUACGGCAGCCUGUCCUUGUGUAGCUCUAAGUCUUAAGCCUUCACAUGGGAGCCAUAAUAGCGGCUCUUAAGUCCAUUUUAUAUGCUGCUUAUGGAAGAUCCUAAUUAAAAGCUAUCAAUCUGUCAAAAGUGGAUAUGGACAUUUAGACUCUGUGCUAGCUGAACUCUUUGCUUUUAUAACACUGAUAUAUGUCCACUAAAGGAUAAGGUCACGUUUUCAAGUGUGUCUUGAAACUGUACCUGCUUCAUCAUAUGUACAUUGAAAAUGAAACAUGUUUGCCGUGUUUGUUUCACCUCUCUCUCUCAAAUUCAACAAUGAAGUCUCAGCGACUAUUUCCUCUGUUCAUAAUUGGACAAAAAAAAGUCCAUAUAAAACUUAAGAAGUUAGUUAAACAAAGUUGGUUUCUCCAUUUGGGGAUGUGUUUUUGCAGAAGAGAAACAGAGGAGAUCUCUUGAACGGGGCCCGGCUGCCAUAGAAAAUGAUCUUCUUGUAGUUACAGUCAAUAAGAUAAAGGAUCACAGGGACUGUUGACUCUCUCUUUCUCUCUCUCUCAAUGUACAUAUGGGCAUGAGAGUGUAAGAAACUAUCCUUUAAGGGUAUUGUAGGUUUUGUAGGUGUUGCUUGUUUCCUCCACACACAGCUUUUACAUACUGUGAUAUUCGCCAAUCCAUUAUUUAUGAUUCUGCUUUGGUCAUGAGGUAAACGAACUGAUAGCUAACCCAUUUCAAUGCAUCAUCCAGCCUCGGUGUGCUCCAUUUGCUUCUGCUUGGCGCAUUUCAGAACAACAGCCAGUUUGAAGGGCCUGGACUCAGCCCCUUGCUACUCCCCUCUGAAUGCUCCCAUCUUGUUCUCAAGCUAAUAUCUUGCUGUCCCAUAUCAUGUCCAGAGCCAAUAGGAAGCAUGUCGUCCAUGGAGGUGAACGUGGACAUGCUGGAGCAGAUGGAUCUAAUGGAUAUGUCCGACCAUGAAGCCCUGGAUGUGUUUCUGCACUCUGGUGGAGAGGAUAACAGUGCUGCCUCUCCAGUUGCAGGUAUGCGACUAUAAACACAAAAUAGCACCAAAAUACUUAUAAAUACAACAAAUCCAUGUCAGUUUCUGCAACACUUUACUGCAAACUUUUUCUCUGCAUCACACGUAAUAAUUUACCCGUGUAGAAAUCGUGUUCAGGAAGAUUGACAGGACCGGCGUUUAGGCAGGAUGCAUCAACACCAUCUGUCCACAUCUGCUCUGAAAAUUCUUGUGACAGGGAACAACCUACAGCGUCAAACUGACAGCUCAUCCUCAUCUAAAAAUAAAUUCAUGGCAAUAAUUUAGCUUCAUUUUAUAUGUCUGUAGGAGGCUGAGCUCCAAGGACAAAGUUAGUUUGAAAACGACUCAUGAAGUCAUCCCAGCAAGCCGAGCAGAGCCCUCAUUUUUGAGCAGAAGAUGACUAAAUCAUCAGUCUUUCCGGGGGGUCAUAAUGUCAAGGCUGUCACGAAUAACACAUGAUUUUAUGUGAUGUCUAUUUCUGGUUCACAGAGUGACGUUUGAGGCCUGUCAAUUAUAUAUUAACAAAAUAUAUAUCUUACUGCUGUGACGAGGCUUUUAAAAAUGGGUGUAAACGGGGUCACUCAGACUCUACUGGACACUCACGGUACUGCAGUUUUUUGCACAGCUACAUACACAGACCUGGUUUUUUAACAUGAGGCGUUACCACUUUGUUAGCACAGAUCUUAACCUGACAGGUAUAUUGUGGGAUAACAAUCCAAAAAAGAAAAAGCCUGCCCAUUUCUUCAAUUUAACAGAAAAUAUAAAAAUCAUAAUGUUUAAAGGUGGGAUCGGCAGAAUCUGAGGAAGUGCCAGUUUUUGGGAGAAAUCUUGAAUGUAAACACUACACCUCCCAACCAGGUUUCCCCUCAGCUCCUCCUCUCCCCUCCCUCUCUGCUCAGACUACCAGCAAACACAAUGUUUGCAGGACUUCUAAAACUAGCAUAAAGUGACAUAGUCCAGGACCCGAGGUCAACGGUUUAGCGGUGCUACAACAUGCAGCAGGUCCAGUUGACGAGAAACACUUCUUUUACACUUGGCUAACUUUGUUUAAGUGGUUUACCUGUCCAGCAGAAAGGUUACAGGGUUCGUCAGAUCCUGAAGCAUCCCCCAUGUUUAUGCUAGCUUCAUGUUGACCCAGCUUCUUAGCUCUUGUCCGGUCUACCUCCUUUUUAAGCGCCCGUUAUUCCGCCAGAGUCUCCAGUAUUUACUUUGUUUUCUUGCUUGUGUUGGCAGUCGUGGCUAAAGGAGGAUUCAGAUAAUUUUCUGUACUUUCUGGUUGGUUUCUACUGUCUGAUAUUGUAGCACGCCAACUUUGUUUGGGCUCAUGAAUGACACUAGGGAGCAGCGUCUGCCUGACAACCAAUCAGGAUGGGGAAGGCUAGGAAUGGCUUUGUUUACAAUCAGAAAGAGCGGAGUGCUUUAAAAUGUUAAAAUGUUGACUACACAGACAUAACAAAGCACAGCAAUAUCGUCAUAUUACCAAAUGUCAUAAAUGACUAAUAGCUACUGACUGAUAUUAAAAGCUUUUAUAUAUACACCGCAAAAAAAGAUGCUUCUUAAACAGAUUCCUGCCUACCCCACCUUUAAAUUGUUUGCUUUUAUUUCUAAGAACAGGGUUGAUUAAAGGGACUCUUCCUCAUUCUAGGUCCAGAUGUGGAAUCCUUCACCACAGAGAUCAGUCUCCAGGUCCCGACCCAAGCGGAGCUCCGCCACAAGCUUUCCUCCCUCUCCUCCACCUGCACCGAUUCAGCCAGCCAGGACACAGAGGCUGGGGAGGAGGACGACGAGGAAGAGGAGGAGGAGACUGAACAGGGGGGAGGAGUGGUAGGAGUAGGAGGAAGGAGGAGAAGGCCCCCUGUGGUGGUGACGCUGGAUGAUGAAGAGGUGCACGCUGAUACAGCGCUGGUAGACAAGGCGGAGCAGGAUGAGCAGAACAGCAAAGACUGUGGGGAGAGCAGGCCGAAGGUUUGAGGGAACGAGGACUUAACACAAAUACACACACAAUCACAAACACACACAGAGUUGCAAAAUCAAACUGAUUAAGAACAACAUUUGCUCCGUUUCGAAACAUCUGAACGAUAAUACACUGAGGUUGCACUAACUGCCAAAUGACUUUGCCUUAAAGCCCACAGAUGUGAGUUUUUAAUGCUAAUCAAAUCCUGUGAAACAGUUUUGUUUCCUUUAGCAUUUGAGCACCGAACGGCUGAACAUGCACAAGAAUAGCUUGACACCAUUCAGAUUUAUUCUGCGUGACGGCGGUGAAACAUACUCUGAAACCGUCUUUAUGUCUCACUGCAGAUCUUUGCUUUCACGCACCAUGCUAACAAUUUAGCUAACACCAUGCUGACAGACUGCAGCUGUAAAGCAUUCGUUUUUUUCUGACAGGCUUUACCAGUCUUGUCAGGUUUAUGAUGCCUGUGUAUUAUAAGCUUUCAUUCACACCUCUGCAGAGGUUUUAAACAUGAGGUAUACAGUAAUAACCACCUUUCUUGCUUUUGUGGAUCAUACAGUGGCAUCAGUGCUAAUUUCAGUGUGUUACGUAACUAGCUAAAACUCCUCACGGGAGCUUUAAAGCACUAAAAUGUAGAAUUUUUGGUGCUGUGUAGCUUUAAACAAUAUUAAAAUCUUGGCUAAUUAUGCCAUGAAUGGAAAUGUUUUUAAAAUAAUUUGUGAUUUCGAUUCAUUAAAUUGUUCUAAAUUGUUAGCACAAAAUGUUAGCACAUGGAUGCAUUUUUGGUAAUUUAUCGAAAAGCUGAACCCCAAAAGCAUGAGUGUUUUUAAGCUAAUUACAAUCUGCAGUAUUUUCAAUGUGAACUACCUAUAAGAAAAAAAAAAACAGUUUUUCUAUUGGCUUUGAUAAACAUGAGGUAAUAACUGGCAGUCAGCUGGCAGUGGGUUUGACACCAUGAAGCCUGAAGUGUUUCAUUCAGAUAGGAGGAGAUCAUUGAUCAUCAUUGAGGUUGAUGAGGGUGAAAACAUUAAAACAUAUGCAUACAUACAGACUGUGCACUGAGAACAUGCAGACGUCACAGUGAGGUGCAAACAUCAUGUGCGUGAGUGUGUUUACAUGUACUGUAAAUCAACUUGAGUCUUUCCAGGAGUUAUUUCACUGCAGCAGGAAGGCAGUUGUACCUUCCUGUUUCAAUGAACCUCUACACGCUCCUCAUAUGUCCAUGUCUUGCAGGAAACUGUUUUUAGUGUGCUGGGAAGUUGUUACAGUGUAACAGGAAGACACACAGUGGGUGCCUGGAAGGUACCAUCAUAUUUAAGUAAACUGUGGAAGUGAAUCAUAGAUGAAUGAGAGCCAAUCACUGAACAUUGUAAAUAAUAAGCCAAAGAGAUUUCAGAGACAGGGAAAUAGAGCGACCAAAGACUGUAUGUACAGUCAGUGGGUGCCACACACGCCUGUUUUGCACCUGUAACUUGGGUUUACCUGAUAACAUAUCCAUUAGCGGGUAAAACUCUACACUACUAACAUAGAGGGUUGCUUCUCUUGUUGCUGGCUGUGACUAUCAUCAGUACCAAUAUCGUUAUCAAUAUUUAUCAAGGUUGACUAGAAUUUAAGUUGUUGACAGAAACUGCAUUCAAACCUGCUGGAGCACUAAGGCGCUGUAGAGGAAAACUGUUUUUUUUAAUGUUGUUUGUAGACGUUGUAGGAGGAAUACUGAGCUGCAUUUUCUUUCAAAAUCUGUGAGCAUUGAUACUUCAUCACACAUCUACUGGCCACAAAACCUUGUUUUAUUUUAUUCCUCGUGACUUUUAUUUUGAAGUUGAGGAUUAACCCACCUUCCUGUGACACUGUAACUUCCUAAAGCACUGAAACCAUUGCAGGAAAAGUUAUAAAACACCAGUGUGAAUGAGUGGGUUCUAUUAAAAGCUCCUGUGAGGAUUUUUUGGUUUGUGUCAAUUUCAGCCCCUUCUGUAGCCAAAAACAAUCUUUACUCAUCUUGUCCUUACAUACUUCACUAGUGUCUUCUGACAAAAAUCACUUUUAACCUUUUGUGAAUAUUUUACACAAAAACCGUAUGAACUGGGCAGUUCUUUCUUUAGCUGCUCGUCUGUACCUACUCCCCUUUGCAUCAGUCGUCAAUCUUGUGGCUAAAGAGCUUAUUUGCUUUUGCAGAUCAGUCUAUGAACUCCUCACAAGAGCUUUAAGAUGUGUGCGAAUAUUUAGAUGUUGUCAUCCUCAUCAGCCUCCCAGAAAUAUCACUAACUUUCACACACAAACAUACAAACACAAACACACACACACACACACACACACAGGAAAGUUACCCAUUGCCAUUCCUUUGACCAAUAAUAUUUGGGUGAACUUCUCCUUCUGAGCGAGGACCAAAUCUCUGUUAAGACUGUGUGCUAUGCACUGGAGGAGAGAAGGUUGAACUGUAUCCACAUUCUUUUUGUACAGAAUUGUUGACGUUCGUGCGAUGUGACAGCAUUACUCCUCCCUUCCUUUCUUUCCUCCUGCCUACAGUUUCUUGUUGGUAAUAAAUGUUUUCCCCUGCAUUGUUUUUUUUUUUUUCCAUCUUGAGAACUUCAGGAAUAAGCUUAGAGUAUGAAAUGUGAGCAGGAUUUAGGGUUCAAGCAUGUUUAACAGUCCCUGUGAGCUCGCUCUGAUUUACAGUCCUGCUGCUUGAGCUCUUUAACAAAUGGGAAACUGACACGAAUGAGUGAGUGGAUGCGUACAGAGUGUUCUGUAAAAGAGGAAUGGAGAUUCAAACGCAGGGGUUUUCUCUUGGGGGAGAAUAUUAUACCAUGUAUAUAUUCAUUAAUACAGUUAAAUGUUUUUUAACUGGAAAAUAAGGCAAAGCAAUACAAGUGUUAUACUGAGAGUAAAAGUCAUUUGAAGGCUGAGAGUGGACGUGUGUUCUUUGUGGAGAGUAAAUAACUGUUGUCAUUCAGUGCACUUUAAUCAAGGUUGAGAAGAACUGCAGGGUCCAUCAGUUCACAGACACAGCGUGAUGAAUGAAAAGACUGAUUAGCUCUGUAUGAAAUAAGAGGAUUGAGAGAAUGUCACAGUACAGACAUUUUUCAUGGUUUUACAAUCUUUACAUUUUCACGUCGGAGAAAAAAGCUGACUAUUUCCUCAUUUCCUCGUAAUAUUUCCUCUCUAAUAAUGUUGAAAGUGUAGGUUUCCUUUUCUGGAGAUGGCUUUAGAUCUUUAGCCUGAUCUAAGAUGCCAGAGGAUACAUGUUUGGACCUUAAAGAGAUUAAAGUAUCAGAAGAUAACUUAUUUUCAAGUUGAAAGGUUCAUGAAUGAGUUGCAGCUCAAUGUUGAAGAACGAGACCUGGACAGGGUGAUGCACAACUUGUCUAUUCACCAUAACUUACACUGCAUAGCAUUCACUGAAUUGAACACACAACAGCAGACUUUUGGGGACUUUUGGGGACCGCAUGAUAGCACUACACAGUAGUCUCAGGAGCCACGUGCUCAACCAAAACGCCACUCUAUAGUCACAAAUAAUGCUCAGAACAGCACCUAACUUCAACAGUACAUGUAGGGUCCCAGUCACAGCACUACCCACUUUGCCUAAUUUCUUUAGCAAAGACUGUAGCGGGGUGACGCAGCUCAAGGGAGAACAUUUAUGACCAUUUCUUCAUGGGAAUGCAAUCAGACCGAGACACUAAGGCAGAAGAACUACCGCAUCUGCAGUACAAAAUGAUUAAUAUGAUGAUUAUUACUUCAAGGAAAUGAUCAUAAAUGUUCUUCCUUGAGCUUCGUCACCCCGCUGCAGUCGAUGGACUCGCCCAUAGGUCUCUCUACGAACAAGCGGCUGCUGGAAGACUGAGUAAGUUUUGUUUUGUCUCUUUGCUAAAGAAAUUAGGCAAAGUUAAAAAGAUAUUUGAUGGCUAUAAAGUAGCGUUUUGGUUGAGCUCUUGGCUCCUGAGACCUGUGUAUUGCUAUCGUGUGGUCGUUACUAAAGUUGGUAUUAUGAGAGGUGUGUGGUCGGCAACAUUCAUCUCUCGACGGGGUGUCUAACUUGGUGUUACUGUGUGUUUGACCCUAAAUUAAUUUUACACCAGAAUAUCCCUUUAACAAAUGCUCUGGCUGAGAUGUGAAUUUUUAUAGUAUGUUUCAGUACAACCCAAUAAUGUUCAAAAUCAUGAAGAGGUAAAAAUCUCAGUCUCUCUUUGGUCCUGCUGAAGGUUUGCACACAGAGACACAAACAGGCUGUGAAAAAGUGACAGUGAAUUGUCAGUAAGUUUUUAUUAAACCUCAGGUACAAACUGCAAAAGUAAAAAACUGUCAAUAUAACCAACAUGAGACUCUCUUUCUGAGUGGAGGGAAAGGCCGAGAUGCGGCACGAAUAAAUUAAGUCACCAGAGACCCCACUGUGAGCAAGUAGUUUAUACUGUAGAAAAAUGGAAGAAACAAACGACAAGAAAAGAGAACUGUAAAACAAAAAAAACAAUCCCAUCAGAAUAAAAUAUGUCGUAAGGCCAUAAAAACUUGACAACCACUUUUUUAAAUGUUGAAAUCACCCGACUUGGUAUUUCAUUAAAUAGUCCUAAAACAGUUCAGUCUUCUGCGAGGGACGACAACCAACAAACUGGAUUAUAGGAUUUUUCCUUGACAGUCACCACUGGCAAGCUCAGUGCAACAUGAGUAGCUACUACAUUUUUGUUGAAUUUUCAGUAAUGAAAAUGUAAAAACCCACUUUUUUUUGUGAACAUCUCUUUUUUUCCCUUUUCUUUAAAAAAGUAAAGCUAAACAAACAAAACUAGGUUGGGGGGGGGGCAGUCUUCGGCUACUCGAUAUCUUCUUUCUUAGUGAUAUAAGCAGCACUUAAAUUUUUUAUACACGUUUACCAGAGCGACCCUGUAAGCGUCAAACUCACAUGGAUGAAGAAAGGGAAAUGUAAGGCUUUUUCUUCAUCAAGCACUCUCUCUCUCUCUCUCUCUUUCCUCUGGAACUUUUUCUCUCUCUCUCUCUCUCUCUCUCUUUAUUCCUUUCCUCUCUUUCGUCCUUAUCCCCAGAAAAAGGCUCAAGUAUUUAAAGAAAUUUACAGGAUUAUGUACAAAAAAGGUGAUGUUUUGUUUGUGUUGGACUUUUUCCUCUCUCUAAAAAAAAAAAAAAAAAAAAAAAAUCACUCAUAUAUCUGAAAAUGGGAAAAAAUGCAAAAGCCAAAAAAAAAAAAAAAAAAAGACAAUUUUUUAAAAAAGCAACAAAACUUGGAUUUGAUAUUUUUCACAUUUUACACUCUCUGACUAGUGGCUCUACUUGAGAUAACACAUCAGAUCAACAAAAGUAAAAAACACAAAAUAAUAAUAAUAAUAUAAUAUAAUAAUUAAUGUUUACUGGUACAGAUGAAACAAGAGGACUGGAAGAAUGGAAUGUUAACACGAUUGCACAUCUAGAACCAGAAAAGCCCGACAGCCUUUCCGCCCUGUGGGGUGGGAGUGCAUGCGCUAGCUGUUAGCCGCUAGCAGUCGCUUACCCCCAAGAUUUUUAAUUUUUGUCUUGUUAUACAGUAAUUAUAACCAACAGCACCAAUAAAAUGGAUCUCCUCGCUAAGUAUCAGGCACGGUUCUCACUCGCUAGCGAAGGAGGGAUCCCUCCAUACUAACGGGGGACUGAGGUGAGCGGCUGUCGCUCUUGCCGCCUCUCACAUCCGCCGACAAACAGAAACAUCCACAAUGACAAUAAAAUAAAAUACACAGAAGACUUCUUGCAAAAAACUAUUAAAAAACAAAGCUAAAAUUCAAAAUAGAACUUGGAAAAACAUAGUCAACCAACAAUUAACCAACAUCGUCUGUCUUUCAAGUUUAUACCUCGCAUCGCCGACCCCCCUUUUUUCAAACAGAAAAUGCAGUAGCUGCAUCAAGAAAGAAUCAAAUCAAUUUCAAAAAGGACUCCUCUUCCUCAAAGCGAGGACAGAGGGAAACUUUGGGUAACUACUUGAUGUCACUUUCAUUUAAGAAAAACAAGGGAGGGGGAAAAAAAAAAGGCCGCCUUUUCAUUUGUCCCGUGUUCACAACUGAGUGACGCGUGAUCAGGAGGGGGAGGGGUUCAGUCUCAGGGACCAGGGAAGAGUGAUGCAACAAGAAGGUAACAAGUGUAACCCAUUUCAGUGUAAGGAGGAUGAAGGUGGAGGUAAAGGGUAUCACUGGGCCCAUCAAGUCUUCUUGUGAACGUUAAUGCUUGUAGAGUGGUAAAAGACGACUUAAAGGGGGACGGGGCGAUUUUAAAAUCAUCCAGAAUAAAAACAAAUUCUGCUUUCACACUAGUGCAAAAAAGACAUCUUGCUUUUCUUUUUUUUCCUUUUCUCUUUUUAUAAACAAGCCUGUCGUACUAAGGGAGAAGGUGAUGAAUUUUUGGAGAGGGGCUGAGGUUAGGUGAGGGGAUUUUCAAAGCUCAAAAACAAUCUCAAACACUGGGGGGUGGAGGAGGGAUGAUAGUGAUUUUUUUUUUAUGUCAAAAAUAAAAACUGGAGUUUGUUUUGGAGGGAUAAUGGAGGGUUGGAGGCAGGAUGUGGCCAAGAAAAUGUCGAGGCGUCCCCCUCUCAGGACACGGCAGCGGCCUUGGGGAUGUGGCUGGAGGACAGGCGAGCCAGGGACACCUCCACGGCGUUGCGCUUUCUUUGACCUCGCUUUGCUGGGGACGCUUUGGCGGGGCUCAGGUUGAGGCAGGGGUCCCCUCCUCCUGCGCUGACGACAACUGCACCGUUACCAACACCGCUGCCUCCGUUCUUUAACAUGGCCCGACCGCACACCUGGUUCACCAAACUGUUGAUUUGCUCCUGAAUAAAGGAAUAAAAAGUGAUGAGAUACCGAACCUUUCACUUACAUCUCCUUGUUUUCUAUUUAUACUCAACAUGAAUCAUGUCAUUGUCAAAAACACACACAGCCAUGCUGACUUUUCCCUGUCAUGUAUCUGUGUAAAGCUAGCUGAUGUCGCCCCCUUCUGUAGAAAUAGAGAACUGCAACCAAACUGAGAGAAAUAGCACCGUCUCACCUCAUCGUAUCGGUACAUCAUCUUAAGGCCUCUGCAGGAUUUGUGCUUCUCCACAUAGCGCAGCGCACACUCCAGACAGAAGACGACAUUUUCAGUCUCCUGGACCACCUGAACGCACACAAACAGAGACAGAGAUCACUGUAGAGACUAGUUCUCAAGAGCCAUAAAUCACACAAAACAACCCAAACAGAUAUUUAUAUGGUAGUGUGUGUGCAUGAUGGAGGGAAAUUAAUGAAAUGCAUCUGAAACGGUAUGACAGCAUUUCAGAAAUAAAACCCUGUCCUGUUCAGACUCUGGUGUCCGGCUCUCACCAUGGACAGGUAGCAGAGAUGCUGACAAAUCUGGCAGCGUCUCUCCGAGGACUCCAGUGCCAGCCAUUUCCCGCGGGGUUUCUUGCGUCCCUCUCCGGGCCCUAGGCCGCCAUCAUGGGUGCCGUAGCGGGCGGAGGACAGCAAGCCUGCAUUGUAAAGUUCCUGCCGUUGGUGCAUCUCUAUGUUCCUGUUGGAUAAGAGAUAAAUACUCAUUGAGAUUUCACUUUUUUUAACCGUAACAAUGUGAAUAUGUGUGUAAUUGGGAUCUCUGCUGCUUCCUACCUGAGGUCUUUGAGAAGGGCGGAGAUGGUGGUGAGGAGAAGGCCGUUGUCUCUCUUGGAUUCAGCUGUGGCGAUCUGGUACAGUAGCUUCUCCAUAGAGAAGGGUUUGGCUAUACGACGAAACUUCAGGUCCUGCAGACAAAUCCAGAUUAUAAUCGACAUUAGACUAUUUACACACGCAUCUUUGAAAGACUUCAGUCGAGGCAGAUUCCCCUAAAGAGCAGUCACUCAUAAAACCCGGUCCACAAAUAUCCCUUUAUCAAAGCAGGGCUGUUUGCAGAGUCUGUGUGCACACAGAUUGAUGUUUCUUUUUCACCAUCUCUAUGAGGAUGUCUCCGGCCGUGCACUACGAUAAAGUGAAUUAUCUGAAUGUCAAAUUACCCUUGAGAGCUAUUUUUCUGUCUUCAUCUGCUGCUACUGCUGACGUUCUUCCAUUACCAUAAUGCCCAUAAAAACAGGAAAGAGAAUUUUCUAUUCCUCUAUUACGGCUAUAAUGAGGUCCAAUAGUUUGAAGACUUACUCAGGAUUUGAAAAAACAGCUAAAUACACACCCCAGGGAGACUUCAAGCUGCAUUACAGCUGAUAAGAGCUUCUAAAUUCAUUACUUUAUUUCACUUCUGAUCAACUGUGAAUAAAUCAGAGCUUUUACUGCCACUGUCCACAGGGGGCCAGUGUUGAGUGGCAUUAAAGACACAUGAUAUCUGUGUCAUGAUGAUCUUUUUUAUAUGAAUCAUCUCUACUCCUUACUUCUACAUAUACGUCAUGUAUAUUUAGGUGUUUGCUGUGGAUACUUUGACACGCUGAGGUUCACAUGCUGACCUUUGCAGCCUGGUAGCCCAGGUUCAUCCAGUGCGGUGUGGCAAAGUGCACCGUCUCUGACACGCUGUAGCCGCAGCACACUUUAGAGACAAAGGCACCGGGGUAGCAGACCACAAACUGGCCGCUUCGCUGGACCGUGCGGUGAACCUUGAUGCCCUCGCGGCACAGCACCUCCGGCGAGAUCUGGAACAAUGAGAAAUGAAGGAAAAUUAAGUAUUAGACUUCAACUGGAAACACUUCCUGCUAGCGUGCAAUCAAAACGCAACGAAGCAGAUUGAGUCGUGCAACUACAAAACACCGACCAUGAUGUUCUUCUCUAACAUUUCCAGCCCUGGGGUGCCAUUGGCCUGAAGCAGUGUAUGGACCACCUUGUCCAGCUUAGCCUUCUCCUCAGCAGGGACAGAAUACCUGCAGCAGACACACAACCACAGACCACUCAAUACAACAUCACCCAAUCCUAAACAUGAAUAACAUCAAGGUUCAACUUAACCAGUCUGUACUCACCAAAUGCAAUCAGCACCAGUGUGUAAAUAAUCAAUAUAUGGAAGGCGAUUUUGGUCUCGAGACCAGCAUGAGGUAGAAAAGACCAUGCCAAUGUUUAGCCAGGGAAUGGUCACCCCUGCAGAGACACGAGGGAUUAAAGGGAGAGGAAGACGAGAGCGCAAGUUAAUACUGCAAAAAGUAAGAGGAGAGGCAGCUAGAAAUCCUUUUUGGAGGAAUUCAGCGCUCAACUCAUCCAUGUUUUGGUAAAUUUCUUGUCCUUACCAGGCACAGCACCCAAAUGUCUCAGAAUGGAUCCAGAGUUGUUAGGGAGGACAGUGAGGUUCCAUCCAUGUCUAAGGAAGAGAAAAGAGGAAAUGGUUGUUUAUAGUUUUAUUCAAGGGAUACCGUUUAAAAACAAUCGAGUGGUUUUUGGGCUACGAACUUUGAAAAUGGCUCUGAUUUUCCUGUGGGGAAACCACUGCCAUGUGUACUGGUGUCCACCUUCCCACAAUGCACUGCCACAUGGCUGUCUCUCUGCUCCACGAUCCUCCAAUACUCUUGCUGAAAAAUUAAAAAAGAAGGGAAACAGAUGAAGCAGAACACAACAUAAAUACUGCUAAUUUAGGUCCAUGACUUAGCUUUGCAUGAACACGACUGAAUCUUUCAAUACAGCAAUUUAUAGUAAAAGAUAAAAUACAUUAUAUAUGCUAAGGUUCUGGAUCCACUUUAUGUUUGUUUGCUUUUUACACAAGAUGUAAGCACACCAACCUCGACCUCAGCAGCCCCGGGCUCCUUGUUAAAGCACAUGGUCAUGGUGUUGCGGGCUAUCCUGAAGAAGUUAGUCAAAGACACCGAUUUCCCCUGAAAAGAUAAGAUCAGAUAAAUCAUUUUGAGUCACGGCGCGCUCAAAAGUUCUGAAACAAAGGAAAACACUCAGCACUUUUUACGCUUUAAGGUCAUGAAAAAAUCAUGAAGACUUUGAACCAAAGCUGGAGUCAAACAGCGAAGAAAAUAUCACCACACUUCUGAGGAGAGUUUUCCUCUAAUCCACAGUCACACAAAGAAGCGAGCUGCAUGGAUCUAUAAGUCUCUCCCCUACACACCCAGUAUACAUUUCCCCUGGACUUGACCCCCUCUCUUAUGGACAGUCCUGCUACAGCGAAGCUUUGAAGGUUACCAUAAAUCUGCAGCACCCUGCUGAAAGCAGACCUCGCAGAUUCUUCAUCCUCACGGCGACAGGUUGUCUUUUAUUUUACCUUCUGGGGUUUUCGAAUGUGACUGACCCCUUUAACGUGCAUCAUUUUACAACCCUGUAGCUAUUGUAAUAAUAGAAAUUGUAAUAAUACAGUACAGGCGUGACCUAGUAAGGGCUGUCAAGGUGCUGUGUAUGAGAGUCAGCAGCAGCAGCACUUAUCUGGCAUUUCCCCGCUGUAAUUAGAGUUAAUUACACCCUUGACAUGCACUUUGUUCUCCUGAAAAAAAGUGAAAUAGAACCUCCUUCUUGGGGGCCACUCUUGAUGAAAAAUGCAUACAAAUCUGAGCAGUGCAGGAAAAAAGUCAUGGGUCAUAUUUGGACAAACCCUGUCCUGUCAGGAUGGUGACAGCCAUUCACAUGUCAAAGUCCUGAAUGGUGCUUCUAUAAUUCAGAGGACGACGGACCGUACCGGGUCAAGUCUGCUGACAAUAUCACAGCUCCUACCAGGGAUUUGGUUACUUGGAGGAGCUGGGAGGGAAGGAAAUCAAAUAGGAUCCACAUUCGCCAGAGUGCGGUGUGACAGUGUGAGUUAGAGAGAGAGAGAGCCUGAGAAUGGAAUGAAGUUAUCUUAAUUACAGGAAUAAUUACUGCCUCUCCCAUUCAAGAUACUGUGCAAUGACAUAAAAAUGUGCACAAAAGCUCUUUGCAAAAAUCACUGAGCGCUGAAACUAAGAGCACAAUUAAAUAGGUGCACCAUGUUAGGCAGAGAAUAGCUCUGGAAGAAUUAUUUUUAGGGCCUCAACUGAGUCAUGUCUCCUGUCUGGGUAUGUUUCCUCCUCAAAUAAAGACAUGAACAAAGAAAUGCCAGCGUUGCAUUGACGCACAUUAUUAGAGGAAGAUGAUGAGUAAUGACAGAGAAAGAGAGAGAGAGAGAGAGGGAGAGACGGUGAAGAGACUGCUGUAGACAGGGCCAAAUAGCUACGAGCAAGGGCAUGUGCAGAAGGAGAGAAACCAUGCGGAGAGGGUUCGGGUUAAAGGAGCUGAAAGCUGGAGAGGGCGGGGUUUAAAGGGGGCGUGUUAGGGAUUGAGGGGACGGGCUGGUUUUGGGGGGCUGCCUUCUCUCUGACCUACAUUUCAGCCGAGCCAGAAUCAACACAGCUGCCAGCAGGCUGAAGAUGUGGGAAUCCAUCUGAUGUGUGCGAGCGCUUGCACACACAGGCAAGGCUGCUGACCACCUUAAUCGCGCUCACACUCGCAGAGCUGCACUUAAGUCUUUAACAAAUACACAAAAUCACUAAUACUUGACAGUUCAGCUUCACCAUAUAUUCUCAUCUCCUGCUCCUCUGACUGUUUUCACAAACUCUGACAGUCUGAUAGUGUUAGCGAGCGCUGUUUCAGAGUUUCUACAGGAGAUAACACCUUUUAGUUCACACCAGAGAAACACAAGAGAAGCACGGUUGCUGUAGUGUGUUGUGACAAUUCAUAGCUCAGCUUAGCUUCUUUAAAAAGGUGAAUAUUUCAUCACAUAAGAGCUGGCACAGUGAUACUGAAGACACUCCAGUCAUUAAAGGUGGUACUCCAGAAGAGUUUUACGCUGUUUGCACCGAAUCUGUGAUGAAAGUUCAGUUCAGGUUGUUGUGAAAUGUCAGACAUCUUCCGGAGUAGUAAUGAAGCAUUUAAAUUUGCAGGGGCUGACAGCAAGCUUUAAAAGAUCUGAUGUUGGCGUAGAAACAAGAUAACAAACUGUAAACAGACAACAAGCGGAGAGUAUCUGGUGAAUUCAGAUCAGCCUCUUCAGAAACAGAAGAAGAGAAGCUGUCGUGUCUCUUGUCUGUACGUUUUGAGCUCCUUCUUACCUUGUAAAUACAUUUGUGCAGGUCACUGAGAACUCCCUGGUCUUCCUCCUCCUGCUGCUCCUCACCGUGCUGCUUGUCCUCUUUGCCUUGUUUUUCCUGAGCGAAGAGCCGGCGCCGGCCCGCUUUGACCUGAGCCUCCAGCUCCUUCAGACGAUGAUAAACUCCAUUGGUGCGGUGAUUUCCUGUCGCCCCACCCCCUAUCCCACCCGCCAACCCGUUCUUGGGCUCAUAGCGCGGCAGCACGAGCGCACUCGGCGCUGAGGAGUCAGAGAGGCCUUCUAGAGGGCCCCGGCGUGACUCCAGGUUCUUUUUCUCCUGCAGCACCUCGGCCUGCAGCCGGAGGCGCUCCUCUGCGCUGAGCGAGUCAUAGGAGAGGAUGUACUGGAGGUACACCUCCUGCAGCUUGGCCAGCCGGUCCUGCGCUGACUUAGGGAUACGCAAGAGGUCAGCUAGCUUGGUCCACUUCUUCAGGUCCAUCACCUGCUGCAUGCCACCCAUGUCGUUGAUGAGCUGGAAAAAACGUGACAGGUCCACUUCACAGCCACCUGCAAGAGAGAGCGAGAGAGAGUGAGGGAGAAGAAGAGUAAAGAAAGACUGGAUCUGAUGGUAACACUUUACAUGACGACUAUCUCUAUAACACAUUAUAAAUAUAUGUAUAAUGUGUUAUAAUCAUGUUACAGCACUGUAUAACUAUAGUUAUAAACACUCAUAAAAAAUCAUAAUGCUUUAUAGCAAUAAUUAUAACACAUUAUAAAACAUUUUAUCAUGAAUUACAAGGUCAGGUAUUAUAAUGUGUUAUGCUUAUUGUAAUAAAGCUUUAUGAUAAUUAAUGAGUGUUUAUAAUGAUAGUUAUACAAGUUUAUAAGCAAAUUAUUACACAUCAUAAAUAUAUGUAUAAUGCAUUAUUUAUAUGGGCAUUAUCAGUGAGUUGUUAACAGUUAUAACACAUUAUAAUACCUGACCUUGUAUAUCAUGAUAAAAUGCUUUAUAAUGUGUUGUGAUUGUUGCAAUAAAGCCUUAUGAUCAUUUAUGAGUGUUUAUAACUAUAGUUAUACAGUGCUAUAAAGUGAUUAUAACGCAUUAUACAUAUAUUUAUGAUGGGUUAUAGAGAUAGGCGUCAGGUAAAGUGUUACCGAUCUGUUCAGUAAACAAACAAAGACUUAAAACUGUUCUCCUCUUCUUGAUCCAUCCAAAUCGACCACAUACUCACAGAGAAGCUGCUCGACUUCACAAAUCUAAAUUAAUAACUAAAAAAUUAAACCAAAGCCAUCUCCGAGCAGCUGCUCCUUUGGCCUAACCCCGUUUCAUCCGGGCCAGUUAAUUUGAUUUGAAACAGCCAAUUGAGCUUUCACCUCUCAAAAUGAUCCGAACUUUCAUUGUGCCAAAUAGAGAUACAAAUUCUGUUAAUGUCCGACUGAUCUGCUGGGCACAGUAAAGGAAGUCAUUUGGAACAGGGGCAUCCUGGCUGGCUGGCUGACGCUGCUCCACUGUGGCUCACCUGCUGCCAGAUCUCUCUGGCUAACAGCCGCACACCAACAGCACACACACACACUCACACAAACUCACACUGGACUGACCUGAAUAAAGCUUCUUACAGGAGCGAAGAACAGCACAGCACACCGAAAGCA